AUGUCCUAUGACAGACUCACCAUUGUGGGUAAAUAAAUGUUUGUUGGUUUUAGUGUUAGAUCACCACCAUUAUCUCAGGCCAAUCGUUUAUUUAUCUAGAGUUACCUCUGGCUUGUGAAGAUAAUGGACGUUUCUGGACAGAGUUGACGCAAUCUUAUCCAGCCUUAACUCCUAAACCACAGGUCUGGGGUCUGCUAAACAAUCAUAACAUGUUCUAAAUGUGUUGAUUUGGUGCAUCGUUGCCAUGGGUUCCCUUUCCAGACUUGUUAUUUGGGAGAUUUGAAAUAGUCUAUUGACACGCCUGCUUCUCUGCAAAUUAAAGACUUGGUCCGAUGCAGUGAUUCAACUUGUGUAAUUAGAGCCCAGUAAUCAUAAUCGACCUUCCCUCUCUUUGACCCACACACUUCCUGUUUCUUGUCUGAAUUGAAACUGAGCAGUUCUCUGAAUGAAACAAAGUAACUAAGACAAGUUGGACAUUUUCUUCAAUCAUCAACAAAAAUCUUGUAGACAUUUUGGUCAGUGUAACUAAUCACUCCAAUUUAGAACAAUGUUACAAUUGGCCAUCGUUUGAAAUUGAAAUGGUUGGAAGAGUUUGAUUGGCUUAAAAGUCAAGCUCCUUUGUGCUUAUAGGGAGUGUAUUUGGCGACCCUGUUGUGGAAUGCAUCCAGUUCUCCAGCGUGGCUCUCUCUGGGUUCAGGCUGCUGAAUGCCUCUCUGUCGAGAAAGGAUGAGUGCUGUAUUCCCAGCAUUUGCACUCCAACUGAUACUGCAUGCCAAAGUAAUCCGAGAGGAAAUGACAAAUGCGUUGACACAAACAGCUCUGUCAGAAAAGAGUUGUGCAAAAUCAAGCCUGCUGCGUUUAUAACCUUUGCCCCUUUCUUCCGCACAGUGGGCUAAUUUCAUGUGUGUCGUGUGAAGAGCGAAUAUAAACUCAGCAAAAAAAAACUGUCAACUGCGUUUAUUUUCAGCAAACUUAACAUUUGUAAAUAUUUGUAUGAACAUAACAAGAUUCAACAACUGAGACAUAAACUGAACAAGUUCCACAGACAUGUAACUAACAGAAAUGGAAUAAUGUGUCCCUGUCCAAAUCAAAAGUAACAGUCAGUAUCUGGUGUGGCCACCAGCUGCAUUAAGUACUGCAGUGCAUCUCCUCCUCAUGGACUGCUCCAGAUUUGCCAGUUCUUGCUGUGAGAUGUUACCCCACUCUUCCACCAAGGCACCUGCAAUUCCUGGACAUUUCUGGGGGGAAUGGCCCUAGCCCUCUCCCUCCGAUCCAACAGGUCCCAGACGUGCUCAAUGGGAUUGAGAUCCGGGCUCUUCGCUGGCCAUGGCAGAACACUGACAUUCUUGUCUUGCAGGAAAUCACGCACAGAACAAGCAGUAUGGCUGGUGGCAUUGUCAUGCUGGAGGGUCAUGUCAGGAUGAGCCUGCAGGAAGGGUACCACAUGAGGGAGGUGGAUGUCUUCCCUGUAACGCACAGCGUUGAGAUUGCCUGCAAUGACAACAAGCUCAGUCCGAUGAUGCCGUGACACACCGCCCCAGACCAUGACGGACCCUCCACCUCCAAAUCGAUCCCUCUCCAGAGUACAUGCCUCGGUGUAACGCUCAUUCCUUCGACGAUAAAUGCGAAUCCGACCAUCAACCCUGGUGAGACAAAACCGCGACUCGUCAAUGAAGAGCACUUUUUGCCAGUCCUGUCUGGUCCAAAUCAAAUCAAAUCAAAUCAAAUUUUAUUGGUCACAUGCGCCGAAUACAACAGGUGCAGACAUUACAGUGAAAUGCUUACUUACAGCCCUUAACCAACAGUGGUCCAGCGACGGUGGGUUUGUGCCCAUAGGCGACGUUGUUGCCGGUGAUGUCUGGUGAGGACCUGCCUUACAACAGGCCUACAAGCCCUCAGUCCAGCCUCUUUCAGCCUAUUGCGGACAGUCUGAGCACUGAUGGAUGGAUUGUACGUUCCUGGUGUAACUUGGGAAGUUGUUGUUGCCAUCCUGUACCUGUCCCGCAGGUGUGAUGUUCGGAUGUACCGAUCCUGUGCAGGUGUUGUUACACGUGGUCUGCCACUGUGAGGACGAUCAGCUGUCCGUCCUGUCUCCCUGUAGCGCUGUCUUAGGCGUCUCACAGGAGGCCACAUUUGCAGUCCUCAUGCCUCCUUGCGGCAUGCCUAAGGCAUGUUCAUGCAGAUGAGCAGGGACCCUGGGCAUCUUUCCUUUGGUCUUUUUCAGAGUCAGUAGAAAGGCCUCUUUAGUGUCCUAAGUUUUCAUAACUGUGACCUUAGUUGCCUACCGUCUGUAAGCUGUUAGUGUCUUAACGACCGUUCCACAGGUGCAUGUUCAUUAAUUGUUUAUGGUUCAUUGAACAAGCAUGGGAAACCGUGUUUAAACCCUUUACAAUGAGGAUCUGUGAAGUUAUUUGGAUUUUUACAAAUUAUCUUUGAAAGACAAGGUCCUGAAAAAGGGACGUUUCUUUUUUUGCUGAGUUUAUGUGCAACUGCAUGUGUGUUAGGCUGAACCUGUUCAUGUUUCAGCCUAUAUUAGCACAGCGUGGAACCAUAUAUAAGCCUGCUGUUCUUGGUGUACAGCAACAGUAGAGCUCAUAUUUCUUCGAGAGACUUGUUGAGUGUCAAUGGGAUCCUUCCUAGCAGGCACCUGUGCUUGACUAUCAACUCAAAUUGUAUUUGUUACAUACGCGUCUUUAGCAGAUGUUAUUGCGGGUGUAGUGAAAUGCUUGUAGCCCAGAGUCCACCUCCACCAAGGAGUGUGGGAUUGAUGUCAGGAAGAGACAGGGAUUUCCUCGUACUGCAGGAAAAGCCAGUGUAAUUUGACAACACAGUCAACAGCAGUAAUUGCACGGUUCGCAGCAGGGAAUCAUGGGGGACGGCCCGGUAUGCGUCCAGUUUCCUGAAGACUUAACCUGCAGUGAAUGCCAUUGGACCAUGUUUUUAGAAUGGAGUAGCUUACUCAGAAUAGUUUGACUUGAGACUUGCUGUAAAAUACAUUUAUAUUAAAAUGUUAAAUGUAAAACAUAUUACAAAGACAAGGGCUGUGACGAUACCAGUAUCGCAAUAUUUAUUUUCAGGUCAAAAAUGAAAACACGAAGGAGACCAAACCUUGGUCGGAAAAUAAAUAAAUGUGACUCUGGAUGACAACAUGUUCGUUUCCAACAGUAGGGCUGCUUUCCUAAAGAAGUUAAAUCCACUUUGUGUUUUGUUUCCUUGCCACGAUACUAACAAGUAUCACAAUACUGGUAUCGUCCCGGCCCUAGCAAAGACAAGUAAUUUAUAGACCUACAGAUGCACAUUCUCUUACCUCUAUAUUUGAUAUUGUCUUUUCAAUUUGAGUGUGCUGAAUUUAAAAUUGCUGUGGAAUCUGAAGGUAGAAUCCUUCUGUCGUUCGUUUGAUUUAUUUAGCUGCUCCUACAUGCUCCUCCUAAAAAGCGAAGUUGGCAGGCCGGCAGCCUUUGAAGUGCUUGUGGAACUAGUACCCAGGAGUACGCUGUCAUGCAUGUCCGGUGGCGAGAAAGGUUUGUUUUGCUUUUCAGGCAAGCAUUUGGGUUAAAGCAACGCUCUCCGUGUUUCCCUUUGCUGUUGUGUGAUGUUUGGAGAAGAUAACAAAAUCCCAAAGGUCAUUCAGGGACCGGCGGUUGAGUGUUCACAGCCAAGCAGCUCACAACCUCUCAUUACGCACUCAGACCUGUUAAGCAUUUGGUUUGCCAGACCAUACUUGGGCCUCAAGUUGAUUCAAGCAUAGGCUAUACAUUUGUCUUAUGUAUGUGCAUCUGAAUAUCCGUACAAGGACAUGGGCCUUCCUGUUUGUGUAUCUGGAAGGCCCCAGUUCUUGGUUUCUAUUCAUUUGGCUGUCAGCCCUGUAAUUGGUUGUUGGCACCGUGUAUACCUAAAGGAGCUGUAAGGUGACCAUUUUCUAUACGUUCUUAUACUGUGGCUUACUGGAAUUGAAAGGGGAUAUUUUCAGGCUUGUAACUGCGGGAGAGUGACACAGCAUAUUUGGUGCUUGAAUGAAAGUGUCCUUUUCAGCUCUGGCCUAACAAAAGUUAAUUAUUUCAAAGACGAGGCCUUUGUCUUCCAAAUGGGAGACAGUGGUCAGGCCUUAAUUUUGCAGAAGACACUUCCAGGUCAUAACUUAAUUAAGGACUAAUCAAUGGCAAAUUUCGGAUAGUAUCCUUAUGGUCUCCCAAGCUACAAUUGAGCCUUACAAGUGCCUGCCCUUAUAUCGGAAUCAGUUACUUUUGAUGAAUGUUCAUAGUUUUCCCUUGGUAAUAAAAAUAUUGACAGCUAAAAGUAAGGCUCCUCUGAAGCUCAGCAACACUACAGCUAUUGACCCCUCCUUUUGUUUCACCAGCAGAACCCUGAUAUCCCUUUCAUAAUUUAAAAACAAUUUUUUAGUCAUUUAGCAGACGCUCUUAUCCAGAGCGACUUACAGGAGCAAUUAGGGUUAAGUGCCUUGCUCAAGGACACAUGGACAGAUUUUUCACCUAGUCUGCUCUGGAAUUAGAACCAGCGACCUUUCAGUCACUGGCACGACGCUCUUAACCACUAAGCUACCUGCCGCAUAAAGACGUUUUUCCGCCAACUUUACCAUACCGCCAACUAUUUUCCACCUUUUCCUUUCUGAAAGGUAUUGCCAGUAUCAAAGCCGAAACAAUUAUUUCUGCCUAAGACCUAGUAAUCAUUUCGGUAAACUUCUGCCUACGGCUUAGUGUGAAACGUAGCUGUAAUGCUGAGGCGCCAUCGGCACGCACUAUGCUCUUAAACUCUUGAUGGUUGCUAAACCAAGCAUGCACUGUUUUCUUAACCACUACUUGAUGGAUCCAUAAAGAAUUACUGCGGGAAUAAAUAUCACUGAAUGAUGAAAAUAUUGGACUAAAGUAGGUUAAUGCAAUUGAAGGCAUGUAUCAAAUAGUUGCUUACUGAAACUCCCAAAGUCAUCCAAUCGUAGUAAUACGUUCUAAGCAAUAGCCUACCCGCGUGUGGUCAACGCCAUCGCGCUGCUUUGACACAAGCGUGGGGACUCGUCUUGACAAGUCAAUCAAUGUCAGCUUUUGGUUUUCAUUGAAUCUCCGUUUGGAUAUUGGUUAGGCUAUAAUUAGGCUAGGGAAAUGUUAGCUACUGUACGUUGAGGUGAAGCUGCUCAUGGUCAUCUUGUCUAGUUGGCUCAUUUAUGAAAACCAUUUGCCAAAAUGUAGUUUAACAAGUGGAUUAUUUUGCUCUUCACUCGCAGUGGCUUAGUAGCGUAGGCCUACUCCUGACCAAAAGCCUGUGACUUCACUGAUUUGACUCAAUCAAUGUGACUUUGUUUCACUGAAUCUCUAUCUGUAUAGGCUAUUUGGUUAAUUGGUUUCUAUUUGGUUAAUUGGUUAUAGCUCAUCUAUUCGUUUGCUCAUCUAUCACUGAUCAGAAACAUUUAGCAUGCAAUAAUAUAGCCUAUUAUUUAGCUCGAUAGCGUAAAGGCAACUCCAAAAGCCAGCGGAGGUUGUGAAAUAUGAACAGGAGACUCACAUGCUUUUGAAAAUAGGAUUGCUAUUAUUUUCUAUCGGUAUCAUGAUGAAGAUACUCUCAAUGUAAGACCCUACACCUGCUCCCUAGCAAAGUGGAGUGAGGGUAGGAAAGAGACGAAAAGCAUGGGCUUGGGCUCUGUUUUAAAAUACAUUUUAAAACAUUUUUGUAUAUGACAGCGGUUCCACACGUUCCCAUGACACAAGUUGUGUGGGAAAAAUAUUAUUUGUAUUUUAUUCUGUUAUAUUCUUACUACAAAAUAUGUGUGUUGACCGUGAUCGGGGUAGGGGUGUCUUGUCUGUUUAAUGAACAAAAUAAUUAACAAUUGAUUUCAUUCAUUUGGACGUAACAUAAUUCAACUCUAUGCCAUUCUAUUGUUUUGAAAAUACUUUUUAUUAGUCUUAUGUUUCUUAGGACCUGCCUAGACAAAUUAAUAAUGGGUUUGUUUUUGACGGUGUAUAUUCAAUGGAUUUAGUGCCCCGUGUAGCUCAGUUGGUAGAGCAUGGCGCUUGCAACGCCAGGGUUGUGGGUUCGAUUCCCACGGGGGGCCAGUAUGAAAAAUGUAUGCACUCACUAACUGUAAGUCGCUCUGGAUAAGAGCGUCUGCUAAAUGACUAAAAUGUAAAAUGAUUUAUUAAAGUGGACACCCACCCACAUCUGCACACCACUACUACCACUCGAUGAUGGCAUGUGCACUAGAGGUAUAACAAGGUGUAUGCAGGCAAGAAUGUGGUAAAAAUGUUUUGUAAGGGGGUCAAAUAAACAUUGCCCAAUUUAUUUUAUUUUAUUUUUUACAGGCAAAAUACCAUAAAUCCUAUGGGAAGGUAGUAUGAGAGUCACUUUAGGAGGGGUUUUAUGAGCUCAACUGCAGUCAGAAACUUCUUACCCCUGUGUUUCUAAAGGGUUAUGGCUCUAAAGUGUUGAGAGAGCACCAGUUGACUUUUCUUGCCUACUGCCUUUGAGGGGGUUGUAUAGUGGCUGGCUUUUUUACUCAAUCCCUGGUUAACUUUGUGCUUUAACCUGAGGCUGGUGCAAUUCAAAGGCUGGAUUUUCUCAUGCAAAAAGAGUGCAAACCUAGCUUCAAGACUGAGAGGCCCCUUCUGGGAAAGAAUAACUGUAAUAUAGAUUGUGUUUUUGUCUUUGAAUUCUUUGCUUCACUCCAAGAGCGCGCAAAGAACAGAAUUAUCACAAUGGGUUUGGUGAAAUGUUGGUCAAACAAUGGAGAUGGUUGGGUUUGAUGUCAAAGUUUGUGUGAUUAUAGGCUACAAUUCUUGUGAUUUUCAGUCCCUAGUACAUUAGUGCAUAUUACGUGAGAUUUGUGUGGAUCCCACUGCUCUUUGUUCCUGGCUCUUGCUCAAGGCGGUUUUAUCUUUGCAUCAAGAUAAGGGUGGUUCCCCUCCUCUGCCCCUGAGCCCUGAGGAAUUUAACAGGGCAGACACUCAGGAAGCUAUUAGUCAAAUGGGAGACGGAGACAACCUACAGGUGGUGCUGAUUUCAGAUGCUAAGUACGCUUCUAGUGUGACACUCCGAAUGCAGACACCUAUUCCCUCUCAGACAUAUAGACGCUCCCAGACGUAUAUAGACGCUCCCAGACGUAUAUAGACGCUCCCAGACGUAUAUAGACGCUCCCAGACGUAUAUAGACGCUCCCAGACGUAUAGAGACGCUCACAGACGUAUAGAGACGCUCACAGACGCAAACGUAAACUGAGAAGCAGACACUUGUCUCUAGGCACUUGCCCUCUGCAGAUCAAACACAUUGUGAAUUGGUCAAUGGUGUCUAGACUGCCACAAGAUUGUCCACCUUUUCUAGAUAUGGUUCUUCAGUGCAUGAUUUACAGUUGAAGUCGGAAGUUUACAUACACUUAGGUUGGAGUCCCAGGGUUGUGGGUUCGAUUCCCAUGGGGGGGCCAGUAUGAAAAAUAAAAUAAUGUAUGCAACUGUAAGUCGCUCUGGAUAAGAGCGUCUGCUAAAUGACUAAAAUGUAAAUAAUAUAAUAUAAUUAGUCAUUUAGCAGACGCUCUUAUCCAGAGCGACUUACAGGAGCAAUUAAGGUUAAGCGCCUUGCUCAAGGGCACAUCGACAGAUUUUUCACCUAGUCGGCUCGGGGAUUAGAACCAGCGACCUUUCGGUUACUGGCACAAUGCUCUUAACCACUAAGCUACCUGCCGCCAAUGUAAAAUGAGUCAUUAAAACUAAUUUUUCAACCACUCCACAAAUUUCUUGUUAACAAACUAUAGUUUUGGCAAGUCGGUUAGCACUUUGAGCAUGACACAAGUCAUUUUUCCAACAAUUGUUUACAGACAGAUUAUUUCACUUAUCAUUCACUGUAUCACAAUUCCAGUGGGUCAGAAGUUUACAUACACUAAGAUGACUGUGCCUUAACAGCUUGGAAAAUUCCAGAAAAUGAUGUCAUGGCUUUAGAAGCUUCUGAUAGGCUAAUUGACACCAUUUGAGUCAAUUGGAGGUGUACCUGUGGAUGUAUUUCAAAGCCUAACUUCAAACUCAGUGCCUCUUUGCUUGACAUCUUGGGAAAAUCAAAAGAAAUGAGCCAAGACCUCAGAAAACAAAUUGUAGACCUCCACAAGUCUGGUUCAUCCUUGGGAGCAAUUUCCAAACACCUGAUGGUACCACGUUCAUCUGUACAAACAAUAGUACGCAAGUAUAAACACCAUGGGACCACGCAGCUGUCAUUCCGCACAGGAAGGAGACGCGUUCUGUCUCCUAGAGAUUAACGUACUUUGGUGGGAAAAAUGCAAAUCAAACCCAGAACAACAGCAAAUGACCUUGUGAAGAUGCUGGAGGAAACAGGUACAAAAGUAUCUAUAUCCACAGUAAAACGAGUCCUAUAUCGACAUAACCUGAAAGGCCGCUCAGCAAGGAAGAAGCCACUGCUCCAAAACCACCAUAAAAAAGCCAGACUAUGGUUUGCAACUGCACAUGGGGACAAUGAUUGUGUUGUUUGGAGAAAUGUCCUCUGGUCUGAUAAAACAAAAAUUAUGUGGAUAUAUUGAAGCAACAUCUCAAGACAUCAGUCAGGAAGGUAAAGCUUGGUCGCAAAUGGGUCUUCCAAAUGGACAAUGACCCCAAGCAUACUUCCAAAGUUGUGGCAAAAUGGCUUAAGGACAACAAAGUCAAGGUAUUGGAGUGGCCAUCACAAAGCCCUGACCUCAAUCCUAUAGGACAUUUGUGGGCAGAACUGAAAAAGCGUGUGCGAGCAAGGAGGCCUACAAACCUGACUCAGUUACACCAGCUCUGUCAGGAGGAAUGGGCCAAAAUUCACCCAACUUAUUGUGGGAAGCUUGUGGAAGAAUAGCCGAAAUGUUUGACCCAAGUUAAACAAUUUAAAGGCAAUGCUACCAAAUACUAAUUGAGUGUAUGUAAACUUCUGAUCCACUGGGAAUGUGAUGAAAGAAAUAAAAGCUGAAAUAAUUCAUUCUCUCUACUAUUAUUCUGACAUUUCACAUUCUUAUAAUUAAGUGGUGAUCCUAACUGACCUAAGACAGGGAAUUUUUACUAUGAUUAAAUGUCAGGAAUUUUGAAAAACUGAGUUUAAAUGUAUUUGGCUAAGGUGUAUGUAAACUUCCGACUUCAACUGUAUGUAUCUACAAUGCAGAACCCUUAUCCCAAUGAAUAUGUGAAUGGUAUGAGUGCUCAGACAGCAGAACUAUAAACACAUUGUUCAGAGGUAGUAGUUUAUGUUAAACUAUAUACAGGUUUCUUUGCAGUAGUGCAAGCUAAGCAGUUCCCCUCGCACUGAGGUCACACACCAGUCAGAGAGAGAGAGAGAGAGAGAGAGAGAGAUUUACACAGAUGUAUUUUGACAGUUGGAGAGUCACAAGGUUGGAAGUGCAUAUUUAUCCAACCAGACUUGAAUAAUUCCUAAGAGUGUGUGUGUGUUUUGUAAUAUAGCUGUGCUGUCUUUAAUUCUGAAUAUACAGUGUAAACCCAAUUAUGCGGUUUUCUAUGGAAAUAGCAUGGAUAUUUGGGGAUAAACAAAGCUGUAAUUGGAGCUGCAUGUGCCUACAUAUCACUCAGGUCCUUAGAGAGAAAAUAUAUUGAACUUGUGCACUUAAAGUUAUGAAUGUAUCAAUAUAAAAUAAAAUGUCAUUGGUCACAUACACAUAUUUAGCAGAUGUUAUUGCGGGUGUAGCGAAAUGCUUGUGGCUGUAUGUAAUAACACAAAAAACGUUCUGGGCUAAUAAUCUAAGAAAUAACACACAAAAAAACAAAAUACUGCAGAGUUGCUUAUGAGCUAGAAGCAGCGCUGCCAUGUCUGUCGGUGCCAUGUUCCUGGUAUGAGCAGCAGAGAAAGUCCCCCCCCCCCCCAAAUAUAUAGAUAAACAUAAUUCAUUCAAAGCAUGAAUUCCUUUCAACUUUGUGCUCAUAAUCAUCUGUAAAAAAGCCAUUGAUGUACUUUACUUAGUAUUCACACUGGAAUUUAAAUCAUCCCUCCCUAAACCAUACGAUAAUGCAUCAUAGGCUAUAUAAAUCUGGGUCAGACCAGUUAUUCCUCAAUGCAAAUGAGAUUUUCUCGACCCAAGCACUUUGUGCGAGUCCCCUGUGGCUCUGCCUAAAUCAUCAGUAUGUGUCGAGAGCAGUGAUAGACUUUGCAGUCUCAUUCCUCACCAAGCCCAGACAUCUGGAGUUUCAGCACGCAGAGAAGAAUGCACGGGCCACAGGGCCAGUCGUGAAACACAGGAACUGUUUGUGUUUCCUCUCUGAGGGGUUGGGAGCAGGGAAGAGAAAAUAUCGAUAGUCUUCACCGGCCAACCCUGUAAUAAAGCUAGCCCUCAACACCCAUAAUGACUCCAAUCUGGCUGGGGGUUGUGGGUACUGGUUGUGUGUGACCCACCACAUCCCCUCCCGAAAGUAAAAGAAAUAGGGCGACCACAACACAAGCCAGUUGGUUCUCCCCACAGGAGGAAACAUCACUAUUCAAUUACUAAGCCUUCUGGGGAGAGGGUGCGAAUUGGGGUGUCUAGCACAGGGCAAGUAGAAUUUGUACUUUGGGGUUAAAAUUGGACAGCUCUUUGCUUAUCUUAUGCGAUAUCUAACACUGAAAAUGUAUGCUCUUCUGACAGGACAUUUUCUCUGCCAAUAUUUGAUGCUUUUGGCUGAAGCCCCCAUUUAUGUGAUGUGAUGCAUCUUACUAUGUAGAGAUCCAAUUUCUCAGACAAAUAAAAAAUACUUUCAUUGAGUCAUUGUUGCCCCGACUUGGACUAGUCUGAACCUAGAUUCAGCAACACCAGUGACUUGUGGAUCUAUCCCCUAUGAAACGAUAAUGCCUGGUUUCCAACGCAUCUAUCAUUAUUGAAGUUCGAGACCAGUCACCUGAACUGCCGGUGUCUACGAUCAAGUGUAUAACGUUACAUCAAAUGACUUCAUGUGGCACUCUGGAAACAAUCUCAAAGUGAGUCACCGCAUUUUUGGAUCAGAUUAAUAUACCUUUAAACAUCAAAGCGGAAGAGGGUUGACGGAAAGUAUGCAACAGACGUUAUCGCAUCUCGCCUACCUGGAUGAACUGUACCCUGUAGAGACACAUGCUACCAAUUUAGCAUCAUGAAAGAACAUGAUGGGCAGAAGAUAAAGUUGUUUUCCCCUCUCCUCUUCCUGGCACUAGAGAGCAUUCCAUGAAUGGAUGGUUGAGGGACAAUGGGAUGGGAUUACUAGAGCUUGGCUUUCUUUCAGUGUUGAUGGAAUUAAACAUUUCCAUAGUAGACUCCUACUUGUUGGGUGAUGAGCAAGUUUUAGUAUGCAAAAUGUAGUUUAGUUGAAAUUCUACUAAUACUACUUACUGCUGAAAGCUGCUGUACAUUUCUAGUUCAAAUGUUGUCUUUUGUGGUGUCCUCUUAUUGAUGUAGACACUCUCUUAGUGAUCGAUACAUUUUGUUUUUUCUUCACAGGAUUUUAAGCAACAACAAAAUUCAGGAAUUGAGGAAUGGAUCCUUCAUCGGGCUGUCUACUUUGGAAAGAUUGUGAGCAUUAUUAUUUUUCAUAAUAUUCUCAUGUUUCCCACAAGCUCUGAUCAUGACAGAAUCAACAAUGAGUGUCAUUUAUGGCUUUCAUCCCAUGCUGUUUCCCCUAUAUGCAUUUAAAUCGUGGCCACCACAAAAAAAAGGAAUAACACUGCAAUGUGUCAAUCGAUAUCUAGAAUCACGUUUUGCUCUCCACAUCCUCUUUGACAAGACACAUAUAUACUGCACAUCGAAUGCAACUGACAACCAGUCAGUACAGAGAUCCUGCAUGACAAUCCAGUGGAUUUAGAAGAAGCAGGGGCCAUAUGAAAUGCACGUUUGCUUCAUGCCAACAGAACAUCCAGGUCACACACAAUCAGGAGGCAUCCAGCACUUAGCCUAGGUUAAUAAUACCAGUCAGUGGUUGAGGACUGGAGGGAUGGUACUAGAGAGGGUUAAAAAUAGGUAUGGCCUCCAGGGUUAACUAUUGUCGGACAAUGGGAUGCUCUUAGUAGGACAGUACUUCCGGAAUGUGCCGGCGUUCUUUCAGUGAGUCUUAAACAAACUCCAUCACUCUUACUAUAUAUACCAUAUUAUAAACAGGGUGGUUCAAUCCCUGAAUGCUGAUUGGCUGAAAGCUGUGGUAUAUUUAAGCAAUAAGGCUCCUCUGGGGUUUGUGGUAUAUGGCCAAUAAACCACGGCUAAGGGCUGUUCUUAUGCACGAUGCAACGCGGUGUGCCUGGACACAACCCUUAGCCGUGGUAUAUUGGCCAUAUACCACAAACCCCAGAGGUGCCUUAUUGCUAUUAUAAACUGUUUACCAAUGUAAUUUCAUCAUUAAAAAUAAAUGUUUUGUCCUACCUGUGGUAUAGGGUCUGAUAUACCACGGCUGUCAGCCAAUCAUCAUUCAGGGAUCGAACCACCCGGUUUAUAACAGACUGUAUACAACGGGUAUGACAAAACAUUUAUUUUUACUGUUCUAAUUAUGUUUGUAACAAGUUUAUAAUAGCAAUAAAGCACCUCGGGGGUUUGUGGUAUAUGGCCAAUAUACCACGGCUAAGGGCUGUAUCCAAGCACUCCACGUUGCGUCGUGCAUAAGAACAGUGUCAAGGUAGAUGUAGGUGGGUGUGGGUGGAAUCAGGCGCAGGACGCAGUACGUUAGUCCAACAGACUUUAGUGAGGCACAGCAAAACAAACACGAAAUAAAUGCCCUGAGGCAAAAGCUCCGCACGUAGGCGUAAACACAAGCGCACAAACAGGUGCGACAAAAUACUCCAAAACUAAGGAGCAAACUAGCUCAACCGAGCAAACAGUAAAUAUCCAGCCUACCGGCACGACAGUAAAACAAUCACACACAACACCUGACAAACACAACGAGAACUAAAUAGGACACUAAUGACACUAAAUGAUAACAGGUGUGACAACAAUCAGACAAAAGCAAACGAACAUAGAAACAUGCAACGGUGGCAGCUAGUAUUCCGGAGACGACGAACGCCGAAGCCUGCCCGAGCAAGGAAGAGAGGCAGCCUCGGCCGAAACCGUGACAAACAGCCCUUAGCCGUGGUUUAUUGGCCAUAUACCACACCCCUUCGUGCCUUAUUGCUUAAGUAAAGCUUGGGGACGUGCUUUAUUUAUUAUAGACUUUUCUAGAGGCAGUGGUCCUUGUCCUGUAUUGCAGUUAUGACGACAGAAUCCAAUCCGAGCUUGUUCCACACACCAGGAAUUUCUUGAAGUGUUUUUUUCAGAAGUCAGAAGAAUAUCUAGUGAUUCUAAUGGGAAUAAAAAUGAUUCCAUAAGCUAUUCAUACCUGUUAGUGAAGUAGAAUUUAGCUUAGUUGAAAGUUGACCUAUUGCUUUGAGUUAGAGUGAGAGUUAGAAAGAGAGCAAGAGAAAGAAUGCAAAAGAAAGAUAGAUGAGGCAGAAAGUAAGAGCGAAGGCUAGAGGAGAGCAAUGCAGAGAGCGGAGAGUAGGCCUGCUCUACUUUCUCUGCCUCCCUGUCAAUAGGCAGCAAAGACAUUUAUUGAGGUGGUGUACUCUGUGCUCUAUCAAUAUUGAAUGUGCUUCGGAACGAUGGCAUGAGCCUGCCGAAAUUCAGCGUUCCUGCCACAGCGCAAAGCGUCUGGCUUUGGAGUUUGGAAUCCCACCGCCCCUGUUUCCCCCGAGAUUCCGAGGAAAUGCUCUCAGCUCGUGUGUUAUGGACCUCUGGUGAUUUAUCGCUUCGGAAUGGCUUCAUGCAGAUAAAAUAACCAGACCAUUAAUAGCCAAGCUUUUACCCAAGGCUACGGUAACAGAUGACUGCAUCGAUGGGGAAUUUUAAGGGCAUAUUUUCCAUGUAAUUUUUCCAGGUCUUGUUAAAAGGGCCAUGAGUCUGUCCGUGGGAGGUACUUGAAGCCUUUUUUGGCCACAGUCAGCCAUCUGGUAUUGGUUCGGAAGCCAUAGCCAAGCAGUUGAAGGUUGGGUAGAACAAACGUAUCCCCUAAUGUUGGGUCACAGUGAUAAAAGGUUGAGAGUUUUACCUAGAAUGUACCUAGGCAUAGAUUUGCUUUAGAAUAUCACUGCGCUGCAAUGAAUGCACGUCAUACUCCGUAUUUCUUGGAGUUAUGCUUAGACCAGCCACAUGCCUGAUCUCACCUGACUCCCUUGCCGUAUUAAUAAGACAUCCGCUCCCAGAUUGUUUAUGGAUUUGGGGAGAGCUUUCCUCCUGGUUUUUAUAAGUGGGUCAGAUGUUAGAAUUUCGGAGUGGAAGGCCGUAAGAUAAACCGGGGGCUUUUUCUGACGCUGAGUGUAAACGUCUUUGAUCCUCCAACGCAGAGGAAGUCUUUUAAUGCUCUUCACUUCAUCUUAAUGCCUAGUAUACGGGCAGUCGCUGUGGCUAGCGAGUUCAUUCUCUGGGUGGAAGAAGCGUGUAGCCAGUGGCACAUUUACCUUAGAAAGCAGCUCCCAUUGUGCUUUCCCUCCUCCUCAACCAACCCCCCCCCCCCCCUCAUCCAGUGAAACUCUUUGCUUUGUCAUUCUAAUGAAGCCAAGCCAAGGCCAGAGGUGUCGGCAGAGGGAUUCACACAAUGCCAGCCCGGCUGCAUGUUGAAGCAUCCCCACUUUUCUGCCUUCCAACUCCCUCCCUCCCUCCUCCUCCCCUCUCCCUCCCUCCCUCUCUCCUCCGACUACAAAAAAAGAAGAAUUCUGUGCCCUGGUCUGUUUGCAUGCAGUGAUGCGCUUGGAUACCCCCCCCCCCAGCCUUCCUCCGCACACUCCCUCCUUUCUCAGACCACAGCCCACAAAAAGGGGGUUUCUCCUCUGCUUCGGUCUAUCUGUCUGUGUGCAGUGGUGCGUUUUGGGAUUUCAGCUGGUUGUGUGGCAGGCGGGGGGGGAUUGAUUAGCCCUCUCCAGCCCUGGCCUUGAAAUCGCAAGGUAACUGUGGCAACAACAGUGUUUUGUGAGGGCCAAAUGUGUCCUGGCAUGAGAUGAGGUCCACUGAAUUUAAAUAUUUUAGUCAUUUAGCAGACGCUCUUAUCCAGUGCAUACAUUUUUUUUAUUUUUUUCAUACACAGUAAUAUGAACCCAAGCUAGCCCCUGUCGCACGGUAUUUCUCUCCCAAAGCUGACAGAGUCAAGGCAGAGGGAAUGGUUAUUAUUACGAAUGAAGCAGGGAUAAUCUCUUGUUAUUUGGAAGGACUGGAGAGGUUUUGACUUUCAAAAGGAACCAUUACUAUGGGGAAUGGCAGGAUAUGAGGAAUGCUAGUCUGUUAUGCAUGUAAGAGAACUGUAAGAUUGUGUAACUGUAGGUUAUCAACAUUGCAUAAGAUGCGUUUUAUUAGUCAUAUGUACGGGAUAUGCAUAGCAUACAUCGUCCCUUGUUAACUCCAAUGCUUCCCACAGUUGUGUCAAGGUGGCUGGUAGUGGAUCUCUACUCCGAAUAGCUCGUUCCAUCGCAUCCCACAGAUGCUCAAUUGGAUUGAGAUCUGGUGAGUGGGCAGGCUACUGCAGUAAGCUGAAUUCACUGUCAUGUUCGUGGAACCAUACCUGGACAAUCCUAGCCAUGUGGCAUGGGGCAUUAUCCUGCUGAAAAAAAUCAAUUUGCAGAUGGAUAAACUGCUGUCAUGAAGGGAUGCACCUGAUUGGCUAUGAUGUUCAGAUAUCCAGUGGCAUUCAAACAUUGCUCCAUUUCUAUCAAGGGGCCCAAUGUGUGAAAACCCACCCCACACCAUCACACCACCACCAUCAGCCAGCAAUGUUGACACGCGGCGUGAUGAAUGCAUGUGGUUUUCGCCAUACAUUAGUCCUCCCAUCAGCGUGAAACAGCAGGAACCGGGAUUCAUCAGGCCAGGCAAUGGUUUUUAGAAUUCUUCAGUGUCCAGUGUUUUCGUUCCUUAGCCCACUGCAACCACAGUUUCUUGUUUUUUGCUGAAAGAAGUGGAACUCUGUAAGGUUGUCGGCUGCCAUACCCCAUUCGUGUCAAGGUACGAUGAGUUGUGCAUUCUUUUAUGGGUCUUUGGGCACCAAAGUUGUACUGGACUGUCAAUUGAGUAACUGUAGCCCGUCUUUGCUCUGCACAAUUCGUGUCAGCUUCCUUUGUCCUCUAUCAAUCAAUGACCCGUUUUCGACCACUGGCCUGCCAUUGGCUGGAUGUCCUUUGGGUGUUGGACCAUUCUUGAUACACACGGGAAACUGUUGAGUGUGAAACCCAGCAGCAUUGCAGUUCUUGACUCAAACCGGUGCGCCUGGCACCUACUACCACACCACGUUCAAAGGCACUUAAAUAUUUUGUCUUGCCUAUUCACCUUCUGGAUGGCACACAUACACAAUCCAUGUCUCAAUUGUCUUAAGGCUUUAAAAUCUUUCUAUAACCUGUCUCCUCCCCUUCAUCUACACUGAUUUGAAGUGGAUUUAACAGGUGACAUCAAUAAGGAAUCAUAGCGUUCACAUGGUCAGUCUAUGUCAUGGAAAGAGCAGGUGUUCUUAAUGUUUUGUACACUCAGUGUAUAUGUGUACGUCUGUGUGGGUGUGUGCUAAGGUGCGGAGAAUUAUAGCAGGUGGUCAGUCCAGUUCAAGUGUUCAGCAGUCUGAUGGCUUGUAGAUAGAAACUGUCUCUGAGCCUGUUGGUAUCAGACCUUAUGCUCCAAUAUCAUCUGCCCAACGGUAAGCUAGAGAACAGCUCGUGGAUGGGGUUUGUGGGGUCCUUGAUAAUGCUGCGUGCCUUCCACAGGCACCGUUUUCAGUAGAUGUCCUGGAUGGGUGGGAGCACGGUCCAAGUGAUGUACUGGACUGUCUUCACCACCCGCUGAAGGGCCUUGUGGUUGUGGAUGGCGCAGUUCCCGUACCAGGUCAUGAUGCAACCGGUCAGGACGCUCUCGAUGGUGCAGUGGUAGUAUUUGGACAGGACCCGGGGCCGCAUGCAGAAUUUCUUCAGCUGCCUUAGGAAGUAGAGAUGCUGUUGCGCCCUCUUGACAAUUGAUGGUGUUGUUGGUCCACAACAAGUCCUCGAUGAUGUGGAUGCCGAGGAACUUAACGUGUGACUCUCUCUACUUAGGGCUGUUGCGGUGACUAUUAUUAUUAUGAGUCAUGACUGCAGUACAUUUACAUUUACGUCAUUUAGCAGACGCUCUUAUCCAGAAAUUCAAAGUGACGGUUGAGUCACGGUAAUCUCCUUUUAUGCACUCUGGACAUGCCUUUGUAGUACCCGACUUGCUAACUACCAUCAAAUUGUAUUGGUCACAUACACAUGUUUUGCAGAUGUAAUUGCGGGUGUAGCGAAAUGCUUGUGUUUCUAGCUCCAACAGUGCAUCAGGUCCUAAAAAUGGUCAAAGACUCCAGCCCCCCUAGUCAUAGACUGUUCUCCCUGCUACCGCACGGCAAGCGGUACCGGAGCGUCAAGUCUAGGUCCAAGAGUCUUCUAAACAGCUUUUACCCCCAAGCCAUAAGACAGUGAGAGACAGAAUAACAACAAAAAAAUCCAGAAAAACGCAUGUCAAAAAUGUUAUAAAUUGAUUAGCAUUUUAAUGAGGGAAAUAAUUUGACCCCCUCUGCAAAACAUGACUUAGUACUUGGUGGCAAAACCCUUGUUGGCAAUCACAGAGGUCAGAUGUUUCUUGUAGUUGGCCACCAGGUUUGCACACAUCUCAGGAGGGAUUUUGUUCCACUCCUCUUUGCAGAUGUUCUCCAAGUCAUUAAGGUUUCGAGGCUGACGUUUGGCAACUCGAACCUUCAGCUCCCUCCACAGAUUUUCUAUGGGAUUAAGGUCUGGAGACUGGCUAGGCCACUCCAGGACCUUAAUGUGCUUCUUCUUGAGCCACUCCUUUGUUGCCUUGGCCUUGUGUUUUGGGUCAUUGUCAUGCUGGAAUACCCAUCCACAACCCAUUUUCAAUGCCCUGGCUGAGGAAGGAGGUUCUCACCCAAGAUUUGAUGGUACAUGGCCCCGUCCAUCGUCCCUUUGAUGCGGUGAAGUUGUCCUGUCCCCUUAGCAGAAAAACACGCCCAAAGCAUAAUGUUUCCACCUCCAUGUUUGAUGGUGUUCUUGGGGUCAUAGGCAGCAUUCCUCCUCCUCCAAACAUGGCGAGUUGAGUUGAUGCCAAAGAGCUCGAUUUUGGUCUCAUCUGACCACAACACUUUCACCCAGUUCUCCUCUGAAUCAUUCAGAUGUUCAUUGGCAAACUUCAGACGGGCCUGUAUAUGUGCUUUCUUGAGCAGGGGGACCUUGCGGGCGCUGCAGGAUUUCAGUCCUUCACGGCGUAGUGUGUUACCAAUUGUUUUAUUGGUGACUAUGGUCCCAGCUGCCUUGAGAUCAUUGACAAGAUCCUCCCGUGUAGUUCUGGGCUGAUUCCUCACCGUUCUCAUGAUCAUUGCAACUCCACGAGGUGAGAUCUUGCAUGGAGCCCCAGGCCGAGGGAGAUUGACAGUUAUUUUUUGUUUCUUCCAUUUGCGAAUAAUCGCAUCAACUGUUGUCACCUUCUCACCAAGCUGCUUGGCGAUGGUCUUGUAGCCCAUUCCAGCCUUGUGUAGGUCUACAAUCUUGUCCCUGACAUCCUUGGAGAGCUCUUUGGUCUUGGCCAUGGUGGAGAGUUUGGAAUCUGAUUGAUUGAUUGCUUCUGUGGACAGGUGUCUUUUAUACAGGUAACAAACUGAGAUUAGGAGCACUCCCUUUAAGAGUGUGCACCUAAUCUCAGCUCAUUACCUGUAUAAAAGACACCUGGGAGCCAGAAAUCUUUCUGAUUGAGAGGGGGUCAAAUACUUAUUUCCCUCAUUAAAAUGCAAAUAAAUUUUUUACAUGCGUUUUCUGGAUUUCUUUGUUGUUAUUCUGUCUCUCACUGUUCAAAUAAACCUACCAUUAAAAUUAUAGACUGAUCAUUUCUUUGUCAGUGGGCAAACGUACAAAAUCAGCAGGGGAUCAAAUACUUUUUUCCCUCACUGUAGAUGUUCCAAAGGUGUGCAUCAGUGGCUUGUAUGUGUGCAGGCCUGGAGAUGCUAAACUUAUUUAUGUAAAUUAACGGUAAAUUACCAUGAGACCAGCAAUCUUUUGCAUAACAAUAACCGGCUGACAAAAUGUUAUGACCGCCACAGCCCUAUCUCUACUGCAGUACCGUUUAUGUGGAUCGGGGCAUGUUCCCUCCUCUGCUUCCUGAAGUCAAUAAUCAACUCCCAUGAUCACCCAAGCUAGCCCCUUUCGCAUGGUAUUUCUCUCCCAAAGCUGACAAGAGUCAAGGCAGAGGGAAUGGUUAUUAUUACGAAUGAAGCAGGGAUAAUCUCUUGUUAUUUGGAAGGACUGGAGAGGUUUUGAGUUUCAAAAGGAACCAUUACUAUGGGGAAUGGCAGGAUAUGAGGAAUGCUAGUCUGUUAUGCAUGUAAGCGAACUGUAAAGAUUGUGUAAUUGUAGGUUAUCAACAUUGCAUAAGAUAAAGAUAUACUCAGGUUAAACAAGUAUAAAAAAGUAUGGUGAGGGACAUUUCUGUUUAACUCACUUAACUGGACUGAGGUGGAGUGAGAACUCUCAAAGUUGAGAAUGAGUGUGAUCUUGUGUUCUGCUAACAAGGAACCAUCCAUAAUUUUGUUUCAGCAGACAACCUUUUUUCAACAUCAGCAAUUUCUCUUGAUUGUAACAGCAAUUUUCACCUUGAAAAUAAACUUUGUGACAGAUUUGGUAGAGUAUACUUGUUAGAAACCUGCCAAAGAAACAAUCUGGCUUUAAUAUUACUUGUGCCAUUUUCCACCAUCCAAAUGACAAGCCUAUAAUGUUUGUCAGUAGCUGCUGUGCUCUUAUAGUGAACAGUGCAUUUUGCUGUGUUUCUACAUCUUUCCAAAAUGCUUGCAGAGGCUUCUACAGAACCUCAGGUUCGAUCUAGGCUGAGCACAAGGAGAAUUCUGGAACCCCCUAAAGUACUCUGAGGUAAAUGAAUUCAGACUCCAUUAUCCAGUAAUUUUUAUUUUAGUAUGGCAAGCAGGCCUAGCGUGUUCUUGCAAAGGGAGUUUGAAAUGUGCCAGGUCGUUUGUGGUCGGCAGUUUUGGAACCUGAGGGGGAGUUGGGAUAGGUUGCACGUGGUCUACCUCCACCGCUACCCGACUCCCCCCACAUGUUAUCCACAAGUUAUUCUGCUUCUCUAAAAAGGAAACGUCAAAUGCUUUUAUUUUCUGCACUUUUACUGAUAUUUCUGCCAGUGGAGUGCAGAGACAAAGGUGAUAGUGUUGGAUUUGUCCGAUUUUUAUUUUCCAAUACAUGGAUGCCACCCCUGAAAUUGCAUCUUAGUCAUGUCUGUGACAACUUGACAGUCAAUCAGUAGAAGAUGUAGGUCAACCAGCUUCUUAAACAACUGACAAAAACAGAUCAGAAACAAAACCUUUCAGUGACUCGCUUAACGUAAUCCACCAAACAAAGACCAUUCUUUCCCCCUUCCAAGACGCCACAGAACCGAUCACACAAAGCUGUCAGUUUAGGAAAACCACAGGACGAACAUUAGGAAUUGGAAUCACAGAAAGUCCAGAAAAAUGUGUGGACUGUUUCACCCUUUGACAGCAUUCCAGCACUACUCUUUGAGGAAAUGAAAGGCUCAGUAGAUUGGGAUUGGCUUUGGUGCUAAGCUGUGGGCUGCCCCCACUGACGUUUGACACCGGUCAUUUGGCUGGCACCGGUCCCACCUUGGCAUCAUGAAGCCUGAUCAAGGCAUGAAUAAAUGUGAACCGAACUUUUGCCUUGUUGAACACCCUCCCCCAGUCGGGACUGUGGUUAAUCUGCUAUUCUACCACUUGUGAUAUUUUUCCCCUCUGUUGAUUUACUAUGGUCACCAACAUCAAACAGUUGGAUAAAGACCUCAGCUAGUUUUGGCGAUGGCAACAGCAGCAUUUCAAAGUGAAACUUUUGGAAGGUAUUUAGACGGGAGAACAGAAUUGGCUGUGGAGAAAUUAUUAGUAGGGUAAAAGUACCAUCCGGCACAGUAAGCAAGUACAAAGAUGCUCCCUUUCUAGCCUCUUACAGGUGGUCAAAGGUGCUCCAUUUGUGCCUCGUUAUUUUUUUUUUAUUAAACCUUUAUUUUGACAGGGAGUCAUGCUGAGACCAAGGUCUAUAUCACAGAUGAGCCCUGUAUACACAUCACUACACACAUCAAUAAUACAUUAUACACAUCAAUAAUACACAUUAAUAUUCACAUCAAUACACUAAAAGCAAUACACAAUUAUAGAAAGCAAACACAUUAUUUAAUAAAAAGGCCCUCAAUCGGCCCUUUUGAAUUGCCCUAGAGGCACCAAUUCAUCCAAUUUUGAUGAUUUCAAAGAUCAUUCUUUUUUCGGCCUUCCCUCUUUUCCAUUUUUCUUUCAACACCCCUCUAUAGGAAAGCCAAUUUUGCCAAUGCACAUCAAAAGCAAUAGCUAGGCUCCUAUGAUCCAUGUGUAGCUCUGCCUUCCAAUCCCCCUCCAGCCAGAUGACAGCUCCUCAACAUCAAACAGCUCAGUCAGUUACCCAGCGGCCUUUGUGUGGGGGCUCAGGUGGCGACCUGCGAGGUCUUUUGAAACACAGAUCGUAAUGAGUGACUCGGCAGUGGCGGCGCAGGUGAGCGCUAGGCGCUAGCAGGCAUCUGUGACCGUGCUGCCUUUUGAACUCAGCCCAGGACGAAGCGUGGCGGGGCCCUUUGUGUGUGGGGCCCCUGGGGACCCACGGUUUUCAGUGACUGGGCAGAGGAGCCCUGAUUGAUGGGGGGGUCUUGUGCCCCUGCCACAGGUGUCUGAGUGGGUGAGAGUCCCACUGGAUAUGGGGGAAUUGACCAUGCAGUUAUACUCUCUGUAAAGAAGUACCAUAGAAGUACCAAAGCACCAGGGGCCAACGGGGUGAGUGAGUGGCAGUGGGAUUUCAGUUUACAGUCAUUCAUUCUGCUAAAAUUGUAGCUAAAAACUGUCUCUUGGGUGUAGGCCUUAGUCUCUUUGACCUUAUGUGGUCUCUGAAUGUACAGUGCAUUCAGAAAAUAUUCAGACCUGUUGACUUUAUCCACAUUUACAUUACAGCCUUAUUCUCAAAUGGAUUAAAUUAAUGUUUUUCCUCAUCAAUCUACACACAAUAACCCAUAAUGACAAAGCAAAAAACAUUGUGCGAAUAUAUUACAAAUAAAAAACAGAUACCUUUUUUACAUAAGUAUUCAGACCCUUUGCUAUGAGACUCAAAAUUUAGCUCAGGUGCAUCCUGUUUCCAUUGAUCAUCCUUGAGAUGUUUCUACAACUUGAUUGGAGUCCACCUGCGGUAAAUUCAAUUGAUUGGACAUGAUUUAGAAAGGCACACACCUGUCUAUAUAAGGUCCCACAGUUGACAGUGAAUGUCAAAGCAAAAACCAAGCCAUGAGGUCGAAGGAACUGUCCAUAGAGCUCCGAGACAGGAUUGUGUUGAGGCAUAGAUCUAGGGAAGGGUACCAAAACAUUUCUGCAGCAUUGAAGGUCCCCAAGAACAGUGUCCUCCAUCAUUCUUAAAUGAAAGAAGUUUGGAACCACCAAGACUCUUCCUAGAGCUGGCUGCCCAGCCAAGCUGAGCAAUUGGGGGAGAAGGGCCUUGGUCAGGGAGGUGACCAAGAACCCGAUGGUCACUCUGACAGAGCUCCAGAGUUCCUCUGUGGAGAUGGGAGAACCUUCCAGAAGGACAACCAUCUCUGCAACACUCCAUCAAUCAGGCCUUUAUGGUAGAGUGGCCAGACGGAAGCCACUCCUCGGUAAAAGGCACAUGACAGCUCGCUUGGAGUUUGCCAAAAGGCACCUAAAGGACUUGACCAUGAGAAACAAGAUUCUCUGGUCUGAUGAAACCAAGAUUGAACUCUUUGGCCUGAAUGCCAAGGGUCACGUCUGGAGGAAACCUGGCACCAUCCCUACAGUGAAGUAUAGUUGUGGCAGCAUCAUGCUGUGGGGAUGUUUUUCAGCGGCAGGGACUGGAAGACUAGUCAGGUUUGAGGGAAAGAUUAACGGAGCAAAGUACAGAGAGAUCCUUGAUGAAAACCUGCUCCAGAGCGCUCAGGACCUCAGACUGGGGCGAAGGUUCACCUUCCAACCGGACAACGACCCUAAGCACACAGCCAAGACAACGCAGGAGUGGCUUCGGGACAAGUCUCUGAAUGUCUGUGAGUGGCCCAGCCAGAGCCCGGACUUGAACCCGAUCGAACAUCUCUGGAGAGACCUGAAAAUAGCUGUGCAGCAACACUCCCCAUCCAACCUGACAGAGCUUGAGAGGAUCUGCAGAGAAGAAUGGGAGAAACUCCCCAAAUACAGGUGUGCCAAGUUUGUAGCGUCAUACCCAAGAAGACUCGAGGCUGUAAUCGCUGCCAAAGGUGCUUCAACAAAGUACUGAGUAAAGGGUCUGAAUACUUAUGUUAAACGUGGUAUUUCAGUUUUUUAUUUUUAAUACAUUUGCAAAAACAAACAUUUCUAAAAAACGGUUUUUGCUUUAUCAUUAUGGGUUGUUAUGUGUAGAUUGAUGACGAAAAACAUUAAUCAAUUUUAGAAUAAGGCUGUAACCUAACAAAAUGUGGAAAAAGUCAAGGGGUCUAAAUACUAUCCGAAUGCACUGUACAAAGAUCUUAUACAUUCACCGGCCAGUUUAUUAGGUACACCCAUCUAGUACCGGGUCGGACCCCCCUCUGCUUCCAGAACAGCCUGAAUUCUUCAGGGCAUUCUACAAGGUGUCGGAAAUGUUCCACAGGGAUGUUGGUCCAUGCUGACGCAAUGGCAUCACGCAGUUGCUGCAGAUUGGUCAUUCUGCAGACCACUGUUGUCCUGCGCCGCUAUUUGUUUGUUUGUGGCCCGCCUGUUAGCUUGCAAGAUUUUUGCCAUUCUCCUUCAACCUCUCUCAUCAACGAGCUAUUUUCGCCCACAGGACUGCCACUGACUGGAUGUGUUUUUGUUUGUCGCAAUGUUCUCUUUAAACCCUAGACAUUGUCAUGUGUGAAAGCCCAGGAGGGUUGCCGUUUCUGCGAUACGGAUCCAGCUCGCCUGGCACCGACGAUCGUACCACACUCAAAGUUGCUUAGGUCACUCGUUUUGCCCAUUCUAACAUUCAAUCGAAUAGCAACUGAAUGCCUCGAUACCUUUCUGCCUGCUUUAUAUAGCAAGCCACGGCCACGUGACUCACUGUCUGUAGGAGCGUCCCAUUUUCUUGAACGGGUGGUGUACCUAAUCAACUGGCCACUGAGUGUACGUCAACAUUAGGUCUAUUUAUUUGAGCAGUCCUUGAGAGAAUAUGAAUCGACCCUUUCUAAUGUGUGUUAUUAGGUGCGUAAGAUAUUAUGUAUUUCUCAUUGGGGAAUGGUAUUUUUGGAUGAAGUUGGCUGCAAGUAUUCGUAAUAUGUGUUGAUUGCAUUAUGCCGUGACACGUACAAGAUGUUCAUUGUUGUGCACUUGAUGUUUAGUUUUCUUGUGGUUUACCCUCUGUUUGUCUUUCACAGGGACAUGCGGAACAACAUCAUCAGCCGUAUCGAACCGGGGGCUUUUCUUGGACUGCUCGCACUAAAAAGACUGUGAGUAUUAUCAAUAUUACCAUCAGCAUUAAAUCAUUUUAAUUUUAAUCAAAUUUGUCAUUUUCUUGGCAGAUGGACGAGUCAUGGGCUGAACGGUUUUAAACAUACGUCUAAACCGAUCUCUGUUGCUUAACAUCAGAUUUAUUAUACAGCAUCCAUAACGCCCAUUUUCAAUACAGAAAAAAACCUACACACUGUUGUAUAUGCUCCGACAUUGCAACAUUUGCCAGGUUUCGACAAUACUCUUGGCCCUAUCUGUUGUUUCUGGUAUAGAGGCAAUUACCAACUCUCUGUGUCUAGCCUAUCCAGUCUAUAUAAGCGACUGCUGUAAAAGCUCAGACACACUGGUAGGAUUGUCAAACGUUUGCCUGCCAACAGUACUUAGCACCUCAGAACAGAGUUCCGGCAGUCAAUCUCUUGUUUGUUCACACAGCAAAGUCGUCAGCCACAUGUUAAAAUACUCCAAACCAGAAGGUGGCAGAAGCUUUGUUUGGCAAUGUAUAUCCGUGGGUAUUGCUUAUGGUCUAGAUUUCAAGCUAUCUGCGCUAAUGUUGUUAUUUUGUAAAAAGUCAUUGAUAUUAGCCAGAUGGCCACAGCUAGAUUACUAACUAGCAAGAUGACGAAGAAACAAUUUAAUUCACUCUCCAUUAUCCCAUACUGCCAGUGCCAGCCCAUAGCCAAAUGUUUAGCUAACGUUAGCAUAUUUGUUAGCUAGCACAACAUAGCUGGCUAGCUAAGGACACUGCACUAACUCGGCAGCUAAGACAGGCAACUGAUCAUCGAAACUAGCUAAUCCAUUGGCCUCCCACUGUGAUAUGUACCUAUCGGCAGUCUAUCGGCAGUGAGAUUCUCUGUGUUUUUAAUGCUUCAAGCAACAUUCUAUUCAGUUCUCCAGUCCACUUGGGCCCUUGCCAGGGACCACUUGAGACUGCAUGAGGCCCUAUCUACUUUCACACAUUCAUGGAAAGGGGAUUGGAUGGAUGGGUAUGUGCGUGGGUCUGUGUUAGAGAGAGAGAGCGUAUGAGUGUGUUUGUGCCUGUGCAUGUUUCUGAGUGUUUGUGUGUGUGAGCCUGUGUGAGUGUGUGUGUGUAUUGCAAUCAUCUUAUACCUGCCGGUCCUUGCCAACAUAAACUAUAGUUUGGCUGCUAGUGCGGAGCAGUGAGUGAGACAGGAAGGUUGUCAUCUCCUUGGCUUGGACAGAGCUUCAUUUCCCCUUGGCAAGCCUCAACCAUUUUACAACCAACAGUAGAACUAUAUUCCCUAAACUUAUAGCUAGCUGUAUUUCUCUCAGCCAACCUAUAAAUCAUUCAGCCAACAGCUAUUUCAUCUUGAAUGCUCCUAUAUGGGCACCCUCAUAGAUAUCAUCCUGACUAAUUUACCCCCUAAAUACACCUCUGCUGUCUUCAACCAGAAUCUCAGCGAUCACUGCCUUAUUGCCUGCGUCUGUAACGGGUCCGCGGUCAAACGACCACCCCUCAUCACUGUCAAAUACUCCCUAAAACACUUUAGCGUGCAGGCCUUCCUAAUUGACCUGGCCCAGGUAUCCUGGAUGGAUAUCGAUCUCAUUCCGCCAGUAGAGGAUGCCUGGUUGUUCUUUAAAAGUGCUUUCCUCUCAAUCUUAAAUAAGCAUGCCCCAUUCAAAAAAUGCAGAACUAAGAACAGAUAUAGCCCCUGGUUCUCCUCAGACUUGACUGCCCUUGACCAGCACAAAAACAUCCUGUGGUGUACUGCAUUAGCAUCGAAUAGCUCCCGCGAUAUGCAACUUUUCAGGGAAGUUAGGAACCAAUAUACACAAGCAGUUAGGAAAGCAAAGGCUAGCUUUUUCAAACAGAAAUGUUCAUCCUAUAGCACUAACUCCAAAAAGUUACUGUAAAGUCCAUGGAGAAUAAGAGCACCUCCUCCCAGCUGACCACUGCACUGAGGCUAGGAAACACUAUCACCACCGAUAAAUCUACAAUAAUCGAGAAUUUCAACAAGCAUUUUGCUACGGCUGGCCAUGCUUUCCACCUGGCUACCACUACCCCGGCCACCAGCUCUGCACCCUCUGCUGCAACUUGCCCAUGCCCCCCCCCCGCUUCUCCUUCACACAAAUUCAGACAUCUGAUGUUCUGAAAGAGCUGCAACAUCUGGACCCCUACAAAUUAUCUGGGCUAGACAAUCUGGAACCUUUCUUUCUAAAAUUAGCCGCCAAAAUUGUCGCAACCCCUAUUACUAGCCUGUUCAACCUCUCUUUCGUAACGUCUGAGAUCCCCAGAGAUUAGAAAGCUGCCGCGGUCAUCCCCCCUCUUCAAAGGGGGUGACACUCUAGAUCCAAACUGUUACAGACCUAUAUCCAUCCUGCCCUGCCUUUCGAAAGUUUUUGAAAGCCAAGUUAACAAACAGAUCACUGACCAUUUCGAAUCCCACCGUACCUUCUCCGCUAUGCAAUCCGGUUUCCGAGCUGGUCAUGGGUGCUCCUCAGCCACGCUCAAGGUCCUAAACGAUAUUAUAACCGCAAUCGAUAAUAGACAGUACUGUGCAGCCGUCUUCAUCGACCUGGCCAAGGUUUUCGACUCUAUCAACCACCACUGCCUCGCCUGGUUCACCAACUACUUCUCAGAUAGAGUUCAAUGUGUCAAAUCGGAGGGCCUGUUGUCUGGACCUAUGGCAGUCUCUAUGGGGGUGCCACAGGGUUAAAUUCUCAGGCCGACUCUUUUCUCUGUGUAUAUCAAUGAUGUCGCUCUUGCUGCUGGUGACUCUCAGAUCCACCUCUAUGCAGACGACACCAUUUUGUAUACAUCUGGCCCUUCAUUGGACACUGUGUUAACAAACCUCCAAACGAGCUUCAAUGCCAUACAACACUCCUUCCGUAGCCUCCAACUGCUCUUAAACACUAGUAAAACUAAAUGCAUGCUUUUCAAUCGAACGCUGCUGGCACCUGCCCACCUGACUAGAAUCACUACUCUCGGCGGUUCUGACCUAGAGUAUGUGGACAACUACAAAUACCUAGGUGUCUGGUUAGACUGUAAACUCUCCUUCCAGACUCACAUUAAGCAUCUCCAAUCCAAAGUUAAAUCUAGAAUCUGCUUCCUAUUUCGCAAACAAAGACUCCUUCACUCAUACUGCCAAACAUGCCCUCGUAAAACGGACUAUCCUACCGAUCCUUGACUUCGGCGAUGUCAUUUACAAAAUAGCCUCCAACACUCUACUCAGCAAAUUGGAUGUAGUCUAUCACAGUGCCAUCCGGUUUGUCACCAAAGCCUCAUAUACCACCCACCACUGUGACCUGUACGCUCUUGUUGUUAUUAGUCACCAAACCCACUGGCUCCAGGUCAUCUAUAAAUCACUGCUAGGCAUAUCCCCGCCUUAUCUUAGCUCAUUGGUCACCAUAGCAACACCCACCCGUAGUAUGCGCUCCAGCAGGUAUAUCUCACUGGUCAUCCCCAAAGCCAACACCUCCUUUGGCCGCCAUUCCUUCCAGUUCUCUGCUGCCAAUGACUGGAACAAACUGCAAAAAUCUCUGAAGCUGGAGAUUCUUAUCUCCCUCACUAACUUUAAGCAUCAGUUGUCAGCGCACCUUACCGAUCACUGCACCUGUACACAGCCCAUCUGAAAUUAGCCCACCCAAUUACCUCAUCCCCAUAUUGUUAUUUAUUUUGCUCGUUUGCACCCCAGUAUCUCUAUUUGCACAUCAUCUCUUGCACAUCUAUCAUUCCAGUGUUAAUACUAAAUUGUAAUUAUUUUGCACUAUGGCCUAUUUAUUGCCUUACCUCCAUAACUUGCUACAUUUGCACACACUGUAUAUAUAUUUUCUGUUGUAUUUUUGACUUUGUUUUGUUCACCCCAUAUGUAACUCUGUUGUUGUUUUUAUCGCACUGCUUUGCUUUAUCUUGGCCAGGUCGCAGUUGUAAAUGAGAACUUGUUCUCAAAUGGCUUACCUGGUUAAAUAAAGGUGAAACAUGUUUGGCAGUGGAAAUAUGUCAGGUGGUAGUUAAAUCAUUCAUUUGCUCCCAUCUCUGGCUGCGUCUCCAACAUAUCACUUACACUUCAACAUAUUCCUCAACUUGCAAAAGGAGUAGGUGAGGUAAAAUGAGUCUUGAACUUGGGCCUGGUGCUGUAAACAGAAGCUCUGUGGUGACUGCUGGCACGCAAUGCGCCUACCCUCCAGCCCGCCCUAUUCUGCUUCUGGAAAAGGGUGAUGGAGUUAAUUGACAGAGAGAACAUGAAAAUACACGCUCCCUCUCUUCUAAUGCAGUCAGUAGCGAAGGCUCCCGAUAAAGACUCAUUGUUCUCUCUCUCUGUCUCUCUCUCUCUCUCUCUCUCUCUCUCUCAACCUCAGCCAAUCUUUAAUUUCUUCCAUCUGUCCCUUUCCUCUCUUCAAAGAGCCUAAUUAGAUUUUCGCUCGUUUUUAAGACUAGCGACUUGGCCAAACCGAGGCUGCUUGCCUCUUUUAUCCGUCUUGUCGGAGAGGGGAGAGGGAUGUCAGACUUAACAUGUUCUCUUGAAGAAACAGACAUGUUGAAUGCAUGCUACAAUGCAUUACUUCACCCCUUUCAUUGUCGUCAUUUGUAAUGAAACGAAACUUAGUUAGGUCAAAGUCCAUUCCAGUGCACAUUGUUAGGAAAUGAUAUCCUAUUUCAACCCAGCCGGACGCUGACGGAUAUGAGCUGCAACUGAGUCGCUCCCACUGAAGUAAAUAAAAAGCAAAGAACAUGACCUCAGCGUUUGAGGGUUGCUUUGGACACGUCAUGGGACAAACAUCUGAUCUGGGAUCAGUCACAUGUAUACGUUGUCAAUAGAGCCAUAAGACGCAUAUGAUGUGACAGAGCAAAUUCUUGCUGGAUACAACCCAUUCAUGUGUCUCUGGGGUGAAGUUUCCCCUAUGUACAGAUCUAGGAUUAGCCUCCCCUCCCCCAAUCCUGACGUUAACCAUUAGUGGGGGAAAUGAAAAACUGACCCAAGAUCAGCGUCUAGGGGCAACUUCAAGCUACAACCCCCUCCUCCCUCUGCCCCACUGGCCUCUCCAGGGCCUUACCACCCAGCAGACGCAGCUACAUUCCACCAACAGCUGAACAGUCAUUGACCCUGCCUUGUUACUUACACACCAGUCUAUUUUUGUAUCUGCUCAUAUCACAACAGACCGCUUGCUCUGGGUCUGCUGUAAUGUUGAGCUCUGCUGCUACUUUCAUGGAUCGACUACAAGCUUCACGGACAGGUUUCAUGAUUAAAGUACUGUGAUCAGUGUGACUGUGACAUGCAGUUCUGGAGGGAUUUUAUAAAAAACAAAGGCCAGGACAUAGAAGUCUGCAAUUGUCAUAUAUGAGAAUAUUGUUGGAAUUUAUUUGGGAUGAUGUUGCUAUGAUUAUAGGUGACUAUGACGAUGCUAGCAACAACAAUGUAAUUUGUGAGAGAUGUACGUUUUCUACUUAUGUGGGCUACUUUCACAUCACACUGCACUCCCAACUGCAAAGCACUGCACCAUGUCUAGUGCUGUGCCUUGGCAGUAUUGGCAGGGUGGGAGUUUAUACCUUUAGCUAAGGGAGUACCACCCCACUAGGUGAUCCUCCUCAGACACGGGCAGACUUCUUGGCAGCCCCUGAAAGGUUUUUCCAGACCAGGCGGAACUAACCACCUCACACAGUAAAUUCCCCAGCUGCCACCCUCCCUAGGAACCACAACAAUAAUUAGACCAACACCAGGAUGUUUACGUAAUGCUCUCCACACUUAUAUUCUAAGCAUUUAAGUGUCUGAUGCUGCCCUGGCAUUAGGCCUUGGGUUAGGGUUGCAGUUGGCAGGGUAUAGUUUGUAGGGUAUUGAGAGGCCUCUUCUGACCAUUCCAAUGUUACACUUGAGUCAUUUGUUUACAUUAGAGUCGUUUUGCAGAUGCGUUUUAUCCAGCUGUAACUGCUUGCAUAUAAACUAAAAUAGAACUCCCUUCCUACCUAAUUUCUUCUAGUUUGACCUAUCUUUGAGUUGAUCAAAAUCAUAUUUUCACAAUGUUGACUAAAUAAAUUCCUUUCCCAAACAUGGUUUCUUCAAAGAUAUAUAAUGCUGCCUGAUGUUUGGCAGACACACUGUGUCAGGUCCUGGCGAAAAAGACACACUUUGAUGUGUAUGACAUCAAUCGUAACACAUUAAUCUCAACUAGUAUAGUGAGUUACUAACAGCUUUGAUGUUAAAGCCCCCUCGGGGCGAACACAGACAUCGUCUCAAAUCACCUUGAAAAGUUGUAAAACUGACAAACCUGGAUUUUUCAAUCCCUGCCUCUGCCCCAACCUGUCUCUGCGAACGACAACACCAGUCUGGGAAUUGAGUUGACAGUUUUCCCCACUUUUUGAUUUGUUGAGCUACAACGUGGAUUUAUUCGAAUUCGCUGAGUCACCACGUGAUGUCAAUUGACUCUAGUCGUGAAUUUCAUGCCGUUUGUACAAUUUGUGAUGGCCUAUUACCUUUCUUAAACUCUGCUGCUGUUUGACUUGAGUAAAUCAGGACAGAAUAUAACCAGAAUCUCCAUUUGUUUUGCUUUCUACAGAGACCUGUCCAACAACCGCAUUGGCUGCCUCAACGUGGACAUAUUCAAGGGCCUCACAAGUCUGGUUCGACUGUAAGUAGUAGUUAUUUUUCCUUUAUUACUUUGUUUAAAUACGCCAGAUCCAUAGUGUUAUUUUUCUUUGAAAACCAUUUGCUUUUUCCCCCUAUCCAUCCUAAAAAUAAGUAAUUGACAAGGACAUUAAUGUGAAAGUGAUUUAUUUGGCUCCAGCACCCUAAUAGUAAUUGCCCUGCUCAGAACACCAGAAAAUGGUGGCAGCCAGGUGCUGUGAUAUUAGCAUAUUACCCAGGGUCCCCCCACGGGUCUCAGUGCCACAGCUGCAACACAUUAUUCCAUGUCCUUUUCCCUACGAUGCAAAAGUGAGGAUUAAGAUAUUCCUGGACAUAUCAGUGGAGUUGCCAAUGACAGGUUGUGUUUGGGUCCUGAUUGUGUGAUGUGACAGAUUGGCAUACUUGAUUGAUUUGUUAUUGAUGAUUGAUAGCCUUCGUCUUGUCUUUUCAGAAACCUUUCAGGAAACAUGUUUUCAUCGCUGGCCCAAGGGACGUUUGACAGCUUGGUGUCAUUGAAGACUUUGUAAGAAUGCUUUAGAGUUGAGGCACCGCAAUGCUAUUCCAUGACUCUGUGGCAGUGUAGUGGGUUUUCUAUUCGGGCUCCUUUAAAGAGGGUAGUAAAAUACCCUGUUGUAGAAAUGCCUAUAGGUGCAAUCUGUAACUUUUAUUUCUUGGUUCGCAACUCAAGGUACUGCAAACACAUUCAGCCAGGAAGCAAAACAAAGAAUCAAAUGGUUCCAUCCACCAAGACCUUAACCCUCAGUUUACAAACAAUUGCAGAGGGGUAUCAUUUUAAAAACAGUUUGACAUAUUUAGAUGUAUGAGAAGGAGAUAUAGAUAAGAGGGAUACAGCAUAGAAAGUUAUGGAAUGGGGGAUCGAACAGGGGACUAUCACUUUUGACUGGAAAUGAAACUGAAAGUAAUGCUCAUUUUACCUCAGGGAGUUCCAGACGUCGUACCUGCUGUGCGACUGCAACCUGCUGUGGCUGCUGCACUGGAUCAAAGACAACAACGUGGGGGUGAAGGACACCAGCUGCUCAUACCCCCGCUCCCUGCAGGGCCAGCUCAUCACCUCCACCAAGCCUGAGCUGUUCACCUGUGGUAAGGAUACACACACACACACACACACACACACACACACACACACACACACACACACACACACACACACACACACACACACAUCUGGUCCUACAUCCACUCAUCACCUUAAAGCCCUUAAGCUCCACAUACAUACACACCUAACACACACACACACACACACACACACACACACACACUCACGUCACCUUCAUCAAACCUAAGUUUCGUAAGAACACACACACACACGCACACACACACACCUGUUACUCCCUACACCUUACACCACCUUGUUCAAACCUGAGCUCCUAGUUAGAGACUACCUUUUGAUGUGUACACACACAUGUUCAAACUCUUGCUCAGUCACGCACAACCACGCCCACACAUCUGAUCUCCUCACUUCGACCUCACAUGAACACACUCUUACAUGCCAUCAGUCGUUGGCACGCUGUCGUCCAAGACAGAUGUACAGUUGAAGUCGGAUGUCUACAUACACCUUAGCCAAAAACAUUUAAACUCAGUUUUUCACAAUUCCUGACAUUUUAAUCCUAGUAAAAAUUCCCUGUCUUAGGUCAGUUAGGAUCACCACUUUAUUUUAAGAAUGUGAAAUGUCAGAAUAAUCGUAGAGAGAAUGAUUUAUUUCAGCUCUUAUUUCUUUCAUCACAUUCCCAGUGGGUCAGAAGUUUACAUACACUCAAUUAGUAUUUGGUAGCAUUGCCUUUAAAUUGUUUAACUUGGGUCAAACGUUUCGAGUAGCCUUCCACAAGCUUCCCACAAUAAGUUGGGUGUAUUUUGGUCCAUUCCUCCUGACAGAGCUGGUGUAACUGAGUCAGGUUUGUAGGCCUCCUUGCUCGCACACACUUUUUCAGUUCUGCCCACACAUUUUCUAUAGGAUUGAGGUCAGGGCUUUGUGAUGGCCACUCCAAAACCUUGACUUUGUUAUCCUUAAGCCAUUUUGCCACAACUUUGGAAGUAUGCUUGGGGUCAUUGUCCAUUUGGAAGACCAAUUUGCGACCAAGCUUUACCUUCCUGACUGAUGUCUUGAGAUGUUGCUUCAAUAUAUCCACAUAAUUUUCCUUCCUCAUGAUGACAUCUAUUUUGUGAAAUGCACCAGUCCCUCCUGCAGCAAAGCACCUCCACAGCAUGAUGCUGCCACCCCCGUGCUUCACGGUUGGGAUGGUGUUCUUUGGCUUGCAAGCAUCCCCCUUUUUCCUCCAAACAUAACGAUGGUCAUUAUGGCCAAACAGUUAUAUUUUUGUUUCAUCAGACCAGAGGACAUUUCUCCAAAAAGUACGAUCUUUGUCCCCAUCUGCAGUUGCAAACCGUAGUCUGACUUUUUUAUGGCGGUUUUAGAGCAGUGGCUUCUUCCUUGCUGAGUGGCCUUUCAGGUUAUGUCGAUAUAGGACUCGUUUUACUGUGGAUAUAGAUACUUUUGUACCCGUUUCCUCCAGCAUAUUCACACGGUCCUUUGCUGUUGUUCUGGGAUUGAUUUGCACUUUUCUCACCAAAGUACGUUCAUCUCUAGGAGACAGAACGCGUCUCCUUCCUGAGCGGUAUGACGGCUGCGUGGUCCCAUGGUGUUUAUACUUGCGUACUAUUGUUUGUACAGAUGAACGUGGUACCUUCAGGCGUUUGGAAAUUGCUCCCAAGGAUGAACCAGACUUGUGGAGGUCUACAAUUUGUUUUCUGAGGUCUUGGCUAAUUUCUUUUGAUUUUCCCAUGAUGUCAAGCAAAGAGGCACUGAGUUUGAAGGUAGGCUUUGAAAUACAUCCACAGGUACACCUCCAAUUGACUCAAAUGGUGUCAAUUAGCCUAUCAGAAGCUUCUAAAGCCAUGACAUCAUUUUCUGGAAUUUUCCAAUGUGUUUAAAGGCACAGUCAACUUAGUGUAUGUAAACUUCUGACCCACUGGAAUUGUGAUACAGUGAAUUAUAAGUGAAAUAAUCUGUCUGUAAACAAUUGUUGGAAAAAUUACUUGUGUCAUGCACAAAGUAGAUGUCCUAACUGACUUGCCAAAACUAAAGUUUGUUAACAAGAAAUGUGUGGAGUGGUUGAAAAACGAGUUUUAAUGACUUCAACCUAAGUGUACGUAAACUUCCGACUUUAGCUGUACAGUAUAGAUGUAAAGAUGGACGUACAACCGCUCUAUCAUUUGGUUCUGCACUCAGAAUCAGAAUCACAUUAAUUCGCCAAGUAGGGUACCUUUAUACAUACUCAGAGAGGUACUUGGUGAUAUGGUGCUGCUAGUGAUCGACUACAUUUAGAGACAGAAUACAGACAGCGGAGUUUGUUUACAUACAUUAUAUAUACAACUAGGUAGAGUGAGCAUAGAGCUAUAAGAGAAUAAACAGUAUACAGUGGGGAAAAAAAGUAUUUAGUCAGCCACCAAUUGUGCAAGUUCUCCCACUUAAAAAGAUGAGAGAGGCCUGUAAUUUUCAUCAUAGGUACACGUCAACUAUGACAGACAAAAUGAGGAAAAAAAAUCCAGAAAAUCACAUUGUAGGAUUUGUAAUGAAUUUAUUUGCAAAUUAUGGUGGAAAAUAAGUAUUUGGUCAAUAACAAAAGUUUCUCAAUACUUUGUUAUAUACCCUUUGUUGGCAAUGACACAGGUCAAACGUUUUCUGUAAGUCUUCACAAGGUUUUCACACACUGUUGCUGGUAUUUUGGCCCAUUCCUCCAUGCAGAUCUCCUCUAGAGCAGUGAUGUUUUGGGGCUGUCGCUGGGCAACACGGACUUUCAACUCCCUCCAAAGAUUUUCUAUGGGGUUGAGAUCUGGAGACUCCAGGACCUUGAAAUGCUUCUUACGAAGCCACUCCUUCGUUGCCCGGGCGGUGUGUUUGGGAUCAUUGUCAUGCUGAAAGACCCAGCCACGUUUCAUCUUCAAUGCCCUUGCUGAUGGAAGGAGGUUUUCACUCAAAAUCUCACGAUACAUGGCCCCAUUCAUUCUUUCCUUUACACGGAUCAGUCGUCCUGGUCCCUUUGCAGAAAAACAGCCCCAAAGUAUGAUGUUUUCACUCCCAUGCUUCACAGUAGGUAUGGUGUUCUUUGGAUGCAACUCAGCAUUCUUUGUCCUCCAAACACGACGAGUUGAGUUUUUACCAAAAAGUUCUAUUUUGGUUUCAUCUGACCAUAUGACAUUCUCCCAAUCCUCUUCUGGAUGCACUCUAGCAAACUUCAGACGGGCCUGGACAUGUACUGGCUUAAGCAGGGGGACACGUCUAGCACUGCAGGAUUUGAGUCCCUGGCGGCGUAGUGUGUUACUGAUGGUAGGCUUUGUUACUUUGGUCCCAGCUCUCUGCAGGUCAUUCACUAGGUCCCCCCGUGUGGUUCUGGGAUUUUUGCUCACCGUUCUUGUGAUCAUUUUGACCCCACGGGGUGAGAUCUUGCGUGGAGCCCCAGAUCGAGGGAGAUUAUCAGUGGUCUUGUAUGUCUUCCAUUUCCUAAUAAUUGCUCCCACAGUUGAUUUCUUCAAACCAAGCUGCUUACCUAUUGCAGAUUCAGUCUUCCCAGCCUGGUGCAGGUCUACAAUUUUGUUUCUGGUGUCCUUUGACAGCUCUUUGGUCUUGGCCAUAGUGGAGUUUGGAGUGUGACUGUUUGAGGUUGUGGACAGGUGUCUUUUAUACUGAUAACAAGUUCAAACAGGUGCCAUUAAUACAGGUAACGAGUGGAGGACAGAGGAGCCUCUUAAAGAAGAAGUUACAGGUCUGUGAGAGCCAGAAAUCUUGCUUGUUUGUAGGUGACCAAAUACUUAUUUUCCACCAUAAUUUGCAAAUAAAUUCAUAAAAAAUCCUACAAUGUGAUUUUCUGGAUUUUUUUCCCUCAAUUUGUCUGUCAUAGUUGACGUGUACCUAUGAUGAAAAUUACAGGCCUCUCUCAUCUUUUUAAGUGGGAGAACAUGCACAAUUGGUGGCUGACUAAAUACUUUUUUCCCCCACUGUAUAUACAAAUAUACUGUAUCUAAAUGCAGAGAGAUGAACUGAGAGAAAAUGCAGUAUAGUGCAGUUAUUUUGUGUUCAGUUCAGAGAUGGCUUGAUGCGGUGUGCAGCAUAGAGGGCAUAGUCCUUUAGUUACUGGUGUAUUUGGGAAUAUGAGUUGUCCAAUGGCACAAGCGAUAAAGGAAGGGCCAGUAGUACGGAGCACUGCAGCGUUUGUUUGUGCUUGCCCUGUCUUAUCGGUUUGGCACUCUUCACUGCACGGGUUAGGAAAUACGUGGCACAUCUUUCACAAGUGGAGACACAUGACCGAGUGACAAAUAGGACCAACAUUUGACUAUUGAAGGGGUCCCCUGAGGAGAAUAAUUAAUUUGUGAACAAAUUACUUGAAUUAACCCAAUCCUACCCAGACAUGCAGCCUAGAGACACACACAUACUCGCACAUACAUACUCAUGUGCACACACACACUUGAAAAAAGGUCUACACAAAUGCACUAAAAUGUAACCCCAUUCUCCCCCACCCUCCAGAUGCACCCCUGGAACUGCCUUCCUUCCAGCUGACUCCGUCCCAGCGUCAGAUCGUGUUCCAGGGCGACAGCCUGCCCUUCCAGUGCCAGGCCUCGUUCGUGGCGGAGGACAUGCAGGUUCUGUGGUACCAGGACGGCCGCAUGGUGGAGCCCGACGCAGCCCAGGGCAUCUUCAUCGAGAAGAGCAUGGUACAGAACUGCUCCCUCAUCGCCAGGUAAGGGGGACGGUACUGUUGGGUGGGCGGGCGUACGGGCGGGUGGGUGGAUAGAUAGAAGACCAUGGUAAGGAGAAAGGCACCCUUAGAUGAAUACAGUCUGGUUCCUCCCAAGGUUUCUUACUCCAGGGAGUUUUUCCCUCACCACUGCUGCUGCUUGGAGGUUAAGGCAAGGUAACUGUCAAGCACUGGAUGACGAAUGUUAUUGUAAAAAUGGCUAUGUAAAUACAAUUUGAUUGAUUGUUUCCACACAGCACAAGUGACCUAACCCUCUUUAAAUCAGUGAAGCAAUAGGCAGCAAGAGACCAGCUGGGGCACCACUUUUGGACUGGAAAUUAAUGGUUGAAACAGUCUACUCUCUCUUUCUGUCUUUGGCAGUAAUAUUUUAUUUACUUGUUCCCCUCUGUUCUUCACUCAGUGCGUUGACCAUCUCCAACAUCCAGCCUGCUUCUACUGGGAACUGGGAGUGUCGUGUGAGGACCAGCCGAGGGAACACCACCCGCACCGUCCACAUUGUGGUUCUGGAGAGCUCCGCCAAGUACUGCCCACCCGACAGAGUGUCCAACAACAAGGGAGACUUCAGGUGUGGGGGUGAUACUUUCACUAUCACAUGUUUCACUAGACUAGGUUACUAUUAGUCGGUAAUCUGUCUGAGAAAUGUUUCAGGUAAAUGUUUGUAGUUGUAUUAAUCUAUUUUAUUAAUCUAAUAUAUUAAUCUAAUAUCAAUCUAUUGUCUUAUUUAAUCAGGUACUUGUUUAAUUUUAAUGGACUUUUUGAGGUAAACAAGUUUGUACCAGACAGUUCUUUGUGGAACAAGCUCAGCUCUGUGGCACCACCUAGUGGCUGAAUAUUAGACUUGUUGUUAGUAGUAAUAUCUGGGUCGCAUUCAUUAGGCACCAACCUUACUAACCUGAACUUCCAAUAGCUUAAUUUGUACACUGUUUUGGUAUGUUUUGGCACGGUGUGCACUAAUGAAUACGACCCAGUUGAGUAACUGUCAAAAGCAUAUAAUCCAUUGAGUAAAUAAGUAGUACUGGGCAGGAACAAAAGCUCUCCACAGUUUUUUAAAUGAUGAUGUUGAGCAGAGUAAACCGCUGAUGUGGAUGAAUAAUCACAUGUUCCUGGAACACAUCAUGUGAAUCAUGCCACCACAUUGUGGCAAACCCACCCGCCUAAGACUUCACUCAUGCUCUCUCUUUCCCUCUCUCAGAUGGCCUCGUACCCUAGCGGGCAUCACAGCCUACCUGCUCUGCAACAAGCUGGCGUCGGGCGCGGGAAUCUACUCUGGCUCGGUGGGUGAGGAGCGGCGUGCGUGGCGGCGUUGUGACCGUGGGGGCCUGUGGGCCGAGGACGACUACUCCCGCUGCCAGUACCAGAAAGAUGUAACCCGUGUCCUCUACAUCAUCAACCAGGUGACCAUGACACUCUGUCUGACCAUGUUUGAUUUUCUCUCUUUGUCUGUCUGUUUUCUUUCUUCAACUUAUUGUAUAUCUCCCUCCUAAUUGUCAUUCGUUUUCAUAUUUUCAGUCUUCCCUCUUCAUUUGUUAUUUCUCUCUUUCUUUUGCCAUUAUUUUUGUCCUCCUACACUCAAGCGUUGUUUUGAAGCUUUCACCUUGUGUACAGUCCUUCUAAAUCUGUCUGUCUGUCUGUCUGUCUGUCUGUCUGUCUGUCUGUCUGUCUGUCUGUCUGUCUGUUCUAGAUGCCUCUGAACAUGACCAACGCGGUGAUCACGGCCCGCCAGCUGCUCGUCUACACAUUUGAGGCCGCCAACUUCUCAGACAAGAUGGACGUCAUCUUCGUGGCCGAGAUGAUCGAGAAGUUUGGCAAGUUUGCCGAGAAAUACAAGGAGGUGAGUCCCGCUUCAGUCUCCCAGUCCCACCUUGUACCUCCUUUAUGGAUGAAUAAGAUGUUCAUAUAAAGACGCAGACACACUCUGAGAGUACAGUAACACCCACGUGCACGACUUCAGGCAUAGGUGUAAUGAGAGGAAAUAGGGUCAGAACCAAAAUAAAGUUAUAAGUAGAGCUAGGUAGUAGUAUUUGUAUGUGUAUGUUUACUGUGAGUGCAAGUGACAGAGGUGUAAACACACCACACACUGUAUGCAUCUCCAGCUUACUGCUGAUAUUUGGACCCUUUAUGUUACUAUGCUCCUCAUAGUUGAUACAAAGCAACCCUGUCCUGUUUAAAUCCACAGAGGAAUCGGAAUGAAAGUGAAUAAGAUAGGAUCUGGAAUGGGGGAUUUUUCCUGUCGAGCUGUGGGGGAUUGCAAAGCAAGGCCGGGUCAGGUUUCUUUGUCUGUUGGGUUUCACACCUGGCAGUUUGUGCUCAUUGGGGAAGGUUUUGAAUGUUGCACCUGGUCAAGAGCCCUGUGCCCUCCAUCAGCACUCAUGGAGAUGAUGAGCGCUGAGAGGAACCGAAGGCUCAAAUUCGGUUAUUUCCACAGUUAUUAUAAUAAAAACAACAUUUUGAGUUUGAGCUCAUUGGGGAAGGCUUUGUAUGUUGCACCUGGUUGAGACCUGUGCACUCCGUCAGCACUCAUGGAGAUAGCGCUGAGAGGAACCGAAGGCUCAAAUCCGGUUAUUUCUACAGUUAUUAUAAUAAAAACAACAUUUUGAGUUUGAGCUCAUUGGGGAAGGCUUUGUAUGUUGCACCUGGUUGAGACCUGUGCACUCCGUCAGCACUCAUGGAGAUAGCGCUGAACCGAAGGCUCAAAUUCAGGUAUUUCCACAGUGAUGAUAAUAAAGACGACGUUGAGUGUUAGAAGAAAACAAAGCACUCCAUUGUUUCGAUUGAAAUGGCUGGUGUAUGCGUGUGCCUGUGUGUGGCCCUGUGUGUAUGUGCAGGUAACUGUGUGUCGUUCUGUGGUGUCUUGGUGUGUCUGUUAACCCUGUUCUCUCUCUCUCUGUCUCAGUUGGGGGACGUGAUGGUGGACAUCUCCAGUAAUCUGAUGCAUGCUGAUGAGCGGGUGCUGGGGAUGGCUCAGCGCGAGGCCAGGGCCUGCUCCCGCAUCGUGGAGUGUCUCCAGAGGAUCGCUGUACACCGCCUAGCCAGCGGAACCCAGGCCUACUCCACCGUAAGAUCACAGCAAAUUAUGAGAUCAUAUUACCGAAUCCUAAACUGCAUCGGGGCAUAAAUGCAUUGAUGUCAUUGGGAGACAGCGUUUGUAUGCGUGUUACAUUAUCGGAAUAUAAAAGCACAUCUGAUCUUAUUGUUGUUUAUUUGACCUCGUGUAUUUUUAUUUCUCUUAUUCCUAUAAUUCGUUCCCAGAAUUCCCAUAACAUCGCCCUGGAGGCCCACGCCAUCAAGGCGAGCAGCUUCAACGGCAUGACCUGCACACUGUUCCAGAAGCUGAUGCCUGAACGCAUGGCUCUCCGAGACCUGGGCCCACGCAUAGACCUGGACGGCAACCCUGACCGCCAGCUCAGCUUCAAGUGUAACGUCACCAGCACCCUGUCCAGCCUCGCUCUUAAGGUCAGUAUCCAGGAAUGCAAGCAGAAGCGGUCAUGGUCAUUGAAACAGGUCCCAUUAGCCUUAACAAUACAGUGGGGAAAAAAAGUAUUUAGUCAGCCACCAAUUGUGCAAGUUCUCCCACUUAAAAAGAUGAGAGAGGCCUGUAAUUUUCAUCAUAGGUACACGUCAACUAUGACAGACAAAUUGAGGAAAAAAAAUCCAGAAAAUCACAUUGUAGGAUUUUUAAUGGAUUUAUUUGCAAAUUAUGGUGGAAAAUAAGUAUUUGGUCGCCUACAAACAAGCAAGAUUUCUGGCUCUCACAGACCUGUAACUUCUUCUUUAAGAGGCUCCUCUGUCCUCCACUCGUUACCUGUAUUAAUGGCACCUGUUUGAACUUGUUAUCAGUAUAAAAGACACCUGUCCACAACCUCAAACAGUCACACUCCAAACUCCACUAUGGCCAAGACCAAAGAGCGGUCAAAGGACACCAGAAACAAAAUUGUAGACCUGCACCAGGCUGGGAAGACUGAAUCUGCAAUAGGUAAGCAGCUUGGUUUGAAGAAAUCAACUGUGGGAGCAAUUAUUAGGAAAUGGAAGACAUACAAGACCACUGAUAAACUCCCUCGAUCUGGGGCUCCACACAAGAUCUCACCCCGUGGGGUCAAAAUGAUCACAAGAACGGUGAGCAAAAAUCCCAGAACCACACAGGGGGACCUAGUGAAUGACCUGCAGAGAGCUGGGACCAAAGUAACAAAGCCUACCAUCAGUAACACACUACGCCGCCAGGGUCUCAAAUCCUGCAGUGCCAGACGUGUCCCCCUGCUUAAGCCAGUACAUGUCCAGGCCCGUCUGAAGUUUGCUAGAGUGCAUUUGGAUGAUCCAGAAGAGGAUUGGGAGAAUGUCAUAUGGUCAGAUGAAACCAAAAUAGAACUUUUUGGUAAAAACUCAACUCGUCGUGUUUGGAGGACAAAGAAUGCUGAGUUGCAUCCAAAGAACACCAUACCUACUGUGAAGCAUGGGGGUGGAAACAUCAUGCUUUGGGGCUGUUUUUCUGCAAAGGGACCAGGACGACUGAUCCGUGUAAAGGAAAGAAUGAAUGGGCCCAUGUAUCGUGAGAUUUUGAGUGAAAACCUCCUUCCAUCAGCAAGGGUUUUGAAGAUGAAACGUGGCUGGGUCUUUCAGCAUGACAAUGAUCCCAAACACACCGCUCGGGCAACGAAGGAGUGGCUUCGUAAGAAGCAUUUCAAGGUCCUGGAGUGGCCUAGCCAGUCUCCAGAUCUCAACCCCAUAGAAAAUCUUUGGAGGGAGUUGACAGUCCGUGUUGCCCAGCGACAGCCCCAAAACAUCACUGCUCUAGAGGAGAUCUGCAUGGAGGAAUGGGCCAAAAUACCAGCAACAGUGUGUGAAAACCUUGUGAAGACUUACAGAAAACAUUUGACCUGUGUAUAUAGGGUAUAUAACAAAGUAUUGAGAAACUUUUGUUAUUGACCAAAUACUUAUUUUCCACCAUAAUUUGCAAAUAAAUUCAUAAAAAAUCCUACAAUGUGAUUUUCCGGAAAAAAACUUCUCAUUUUGUCUGUCAUAGUUGACGUGUACCUAUGAUGAAAAUUACAGGCCUCUCUCAUCUUUUUAAGUGGGAGAACUUGCACAAUUGGUGGCUGACUAAAUACUUUUUUUCCCCACUGUAUGUAGACUGAAAAUUAUGCAUCAUUCAUUUAAGAUAUCACCAUCAUUGCCCCUUCAAAUGUUUUCUCAAAACGAGGUGUGUUGUCUUGUGAGGUUCACACAUAGCACUAACCUAAGGACAGCUUACCAUACAACCAUGUAUUAUCUAACCAUGUCUUUUCUAACUAAAUGCCAAGUAAACAAUGAACUGUAGACUAAAACGUUAACAAGAAUCCCACAUUAUGCUGUACACUCAAUCAUACUUUUUAUCUCUAUGGGACUAAAUAAAGAAUAAAUCAAAUCAAAUAAUAUUUGUCUCUCCCUAGAACACCAUAGUGGAGGCGUCCCUGCAGCUCCCCCCAUCUUUGUUCUCUCAGUACCUGGGCCAGGCCGACGACAACGUCUACAAGCUUCACCUGCUGGCCUUCCGCAACGGCAAGCUCUUUCCCCUCCACGGGCAACUCCACCCUGCUGGCUGACGGGGGGAAGAGGAGGAAUGUGGCCACCCCCGUGCUCCUGGCCAAGAUAGGUGAGUCUGACAUGGACCCCACUGUACCAGUAGACUAUUAGAUGGUUUUGUUCAAGAUAUUGUUGUGACUUGUUUUAAGAGUGAAUUUUGCAGUUUGGGCAACAUAAAUGUAGUUUUAAUUAAUAGAUUAUGAUUAAAGCUUGCAAAGACUUUUGAUUUAGGGAUCCAUCUGUAAUUUGACAUUUUAUAUUGUACAAGAAAGCUUAAAAAGUUGAGUUGUGUGUAGUAAAAAUGUGUGAAGACAUUUUAUUCUCCAUCAGUUAUGUGUGAAAUGUAAAUAUCUUUUGUCUUACAGUGGAUUUUAGAAAAUGUAGCUAAAAAAAUAUCAAUAAAUACAAGCACCAGAACAUGAUUUGACCGACAAGACUAACACCUCUCGGUCUCUUUCUCUCUCCUCAUCUCUCUCUCUCGCUCUCUUUCCCUCUCUGAUUGGUCAGAGGGUUUCCAGCUGCGCGGACUGCGUGUCCCGGUGAACGCCACGCUGCGGAGGUUUGCCCACGGCUCGGACGCCGUGCCCGCCUGUUGGAACUUCAGCCUGCUGGGCGGGCAGGGUGGCUGGCAGAGCGAGGGCUGCCGUCUCCUGCGGCACCACGACAACUUCACCACGCUCUCCUGUGACUCGCUCAGCAACUACGCCGUGCUCAUGGUGGGUGGCCAGGGGUUUAAUGGCCUUUAAACUCAAUGAACAAAUGUGACUAUGGGUGACAACAUAAGGUUGUUUGUUUCCAACAUUAGGGCUAAUUUCCUCAGUAAAUGCAGUACGCUUCUUGUUUUAUUUUCUUGCCAUGAUACUUCUGAGUAGUAGGAUACUGAUAUCGUGACAACCAUACUUUUUUUUGAGACAUUAGCCUUUUCAAGACAAGAGCUCAACAUCUCUUUCAGUUCACACGCUUUAUAAACACUACCUGUUUAGUUAUGGCUCAACCACAUGACAAUCUCCUGAGUUGACGAAAUUGGCGCGUACCUUUUCUUCAGGGUUAAUUUGUUAUUGUAUGACACAUUGUCUAAAGUGAUGACAUUCUAACAUUUGAUGUGUGUAUCCCACAGGAUCUUACUGGAGUGGAGUAUUUCUCUCCCAGCAUUGAGCCUCUCCACCCAGUCAUCUACGCCACAGCUAUCGUCCUGCUGCUCUGUCUACUGGCCAUCAUCAUCAGCUACAUAUACCACCACAGGUAACAGCUCUAUCUGCUAGUAGAAUCUAAAACAGUUUAUACCAAGUGCGUAAGAUACCAAGUACACAUCUUACUAUUAGUACUGUAUCUAAUACAGUGUAUAUUACCAAAUGGUGGACUGUGACUCGCUUUCAGGUCGCAGCAUAAGAUUUGAGGCCAGAAUGUUUCUUAUUGGUUGGGUCACAAUGCAAGGAAGUUUGGGAACCAAUACUGUCCAGUCUCCACUUAUAUUUUCACCCCUCCACAAGCACAUCUCUACCACUCCAAACCCGUUCAAAAUAGCAACAGAAUUUGAGUGAAUCAAACAUACGAAUAGACAUUAUAUUUUAUUCCCUGAUAUUAUUCUCACUAUGUUAUUUCUAUGUGGUUGCGUGUCCAGGUCUGUCCGGAUCAGCCGUAAGUUCUGGCACAUGCUUGUGAACCUCUGCCUCCACAUCUUCCUCACCUGCGGCGUCUUCGUGGUUGGCAUCAACCAGACGCGCUACGCCAGCGUGUGCCAAGCUGUGAGUAUCCCCCCCCCCCCCCCCCCCCCCCCCCUACCCCCCAACCCCCCACCAUAACCCCCUGGUGUUCCAGCCUAUCUGCCUACCAGGCUGACAGCCAGACUGCCAAACCUGCCUUCCCUUGCUAAAAGCAUCUCACAAUUAUAUGGGGAUCUCAAGAUGUUGUGGAGGAGGUACAUUUGGCUGGGUCCCGUUUCUCCACCCUUCUCCCAAAGUGUACACUUGCACACUUGCCGUUUCCAUCAUUGUGGAAGUGCACACUUUGGGAGAAGGGUGGAGAAACGGGACUCAGUCUUAUUUCUCUGAAGCAUAGAUUUGUACUUCAGCUGAAGGCAGUGUAGCACCCCCUGCUGAUCUGCACUGGCUUCUUUCAUUUAUUCAUUGUCCUGAACACAAAGGGCCCGGCUGGUAGAGAACAUCUUGGAAAAGAACGGUUUUCCACCUGGAAUAAAGGAUAUCCUACAACUAGUCUCUACUUUGUCAAGGAAUUUUACAAACUGACAAUUGGUACAAUAACAUUUUAUGAAGUGAGUUUUCAGAAUGCGUAGUAUUUUGCUCAUAAUUGAAGCAUCUAUGUAGUGCUUAUGUAGAAUUUAUGAGUGCUCUAUAAAGCCUUUCUAUAGUCCAGGCAAUAUGUCAACAAAUCUUGAACUUUUUCAUAAAAUCAUGAAACUUAUUACACUCAUACCAUUUUUGCGCACUGAACAUUUUCAGAAUGAAGUUGUUUGUUUAAAGUGGGAUCUUGAUCGUGACUGAGCUUGGUGGUGAUUUCUUUCAGGUGGGCAUCGUUCUGCACUACUCGACCCUGGCCACAGCUCUGUGGGUGGGCGUGACGGCACGGAACAUCUACAAGCAGGUGACCCGCAAGGCCAAGCGCUACGAAGAGCUGGACGAGCCCCCGCCCCCUCCACGACCCAUGCUGAGGUAAAAUACUACAGUUUCCACAAUGCACAGUAUGAAAAGGCUUGGUCAUUAUAGCGAGUCAGACUAACUGUUUAGUGUGUGGACGAUGAUCAGUUGAAAUGCUGUACAAUCACAUUUUGCAUUUAUCUCCCUUUACAAGGAGCUGCUAAUACUAUUAUGUUAUUAGGUUUCUCUUAUUUCAGUGACUUGUGGAGAGAGACAGAGGUUGGUUAGUUUUGUGUUGUGUUGGUUUAAUGCCCACCACAUGGUGUCAGUAUAGAGGCCUGAAUCACACAUACCACCUCUGCAACCAGCUCACCACCAAUUUGAUCCCAAGCAGGUCCUACUCAGUUCUUUUCCCACUACCUUUUCCUACCAGGUUCUACCUAAUAGGUGGAGGGAUACCGAUCAUCGUCUGUGGCAUAACCGCAGCCGCCAACAUCAAGAACUACGGUAGCCAAACCAACGCACCAUAGUAAGUAGUGUCAGUUUACUGUCACAUUGUAUGGAAACCAAUUAGUUAUUAUACUACAGUGUGUGUUUAUGGAAAUUAUGUUAUGUUUUAUAUCGACAGAAGGCUUUGUGUAUAUAUAAAACUAGACCCAAGAGAAAUCGCUUUUUGUUAUCGACUGGCCAGAAUGCGUGUGCGUGGCUUUAUGUAAAUAACAAAUAUUUUGGGGGUGUAGGAAAAGUUCUGAGUCCCUGUGAAGUUCUGAGAGCCCGAUUGGGUAGCGCUAUUUAUAGCGUGUCUCGGCACCUCACGUCUGCUGCCAUUUUCCUAGUCUGUCUAUCUAUCUCUUUCUUCUCUUUUUCCCUCUCUCUGUUCUUGUUCUCUCUUCUCUCUUUCUGUCUCUCUCUCGCUCUUUCUUUCCCUCUCUCUAUUUCUCUCCCUCUUUCUUUCUCUCUCUCUUUAUGGUGGCAGCUGUUUGGGUUGUAAUUUGGAAAUCUGGUCCUGUAUCUGUCUGAAGUCUUUGGAGUUUAAUUAAUUUGCAGCUACUGAGACUAAUGGAAUCCGCCCUGUGGAAUGUUCCGGAACAGAUACUCUGAGAAUGGGAAAAGCAGGAUGUUUAAAACAAAGAGACUCAAUGCGUGCAUGUGUGUUUUUACCUGAUUUAAUGAGAUAAGAGUUGAGUCAAACAUGAAACGACGUUGAAGUUGUUAUCAUUUUGAAAAGGUUUGUGGACCACUUGAAUGGCUGACACUUGACUCAUCCAGUGACUCAUCGGGCAAAGAGUUGUCAUGUCAUACGUGUCUUAUGGCUUCAUUGCCAACGUAUGUUUUUGCUGAAGGCAGCUGAUAUAUCGACACAUCUGCAUAAUACAUUUGUGUGUAUGAUAUUGUGCGUGUGUACUACAUUUACAUAAAUAUUGACUGUAUGUUUGUACUGAUGCCUUACCCUUCUGUGUCUCUCCUCAGUUGCUGGAUGGCGUGGGAGCCCAGCCUGGGGGCCUUCUACGGCCCCGUCGGCUUCAUUGUCUUCGUGGACUGCAUGUACUUCCUUAGCAUCCUCCUCCAGCUGCGACGCCACCCCGAGCGCCGCUAUGAACUCAAGGAACCCGCCGAGGAGCAACAGCGGCUGGCGGUAGCGGGCAGCGAUGCCGGAGACGUCCCGGCCGCCCUCCUCCACCUCCAGCCCCACGACGCCUUGUCCUCCACGGUGUCGGCUCCCCAUGCCAUGUCCCUGUCAGCACUGGAGAACGAGCAUACGUUCGCGCUGCAGCUCCUGGGAGUGGCUGCGGCUCUGGGGCUCUACGCAGCACUGUGGGUGUUUGGCGCCAUGGCCGUGUCCCAGGAGAGGCCGGCUGACCUGGUGUUCUCCUGCCUGUUUGGCAUGGUGGCGCUGGCUCUGGGUGGCUUUUUGAUCGCGCAUCACUGCGUCAACCGCCAGGACAUGAGGCGCCACUGGGCCCAGGCCUGUUGCCCCGAGAGACGGGCCUACUCUGCGCAGGAGGACGCCCUGCUGCCGCUGCCGGGGGCGUCCACGGCGUCCGCGGCUGGGUCGGUUGGUGGGGGCAAUGGCGAUGCGGCCAAGUGCGCCCACAGCAGCGCAGAGUCAUCCUGCACCAAUAAGAGUGGCCCCAGUGUGCGAAACUCCACCCAGGGAAGUAAACUGACCAAUCUGCAUGCAGAGGCAGCGCAGAACAAAUCCUUGCCCCUACUACCCCUGCCCGCCAAUGGGGCAGCCUUGCUGGACAACAGCCUGACAGAGCACUCGGUGGACAACGAGAUCAAGAUGCACGUGGCGCCCGUGGAGGUGCAGUUCCGGCCUGUCAACAACAACAACAAUCCCGCCGCCAACGGACACGCGGGCCGGCAUCACAAGAACAGGGCGCGGGCCCACCGGGCCAGCCGACUCACGGUGCUGCGUGAGUACGCAUAUGACGUACCCACCAGCGUGGAUGGCAGCUUGCAGAGCGCCCCCCACAGGCGGCAUCGCCACGAACACCACGACAGUCAGCAGGCGCGGUGCAGCCGACGGGCAGCCUACAUGGCUUACAGGGAGCGCCACCAGAGCCAGAUGCAACAGGACAGCAGCGACGCCAGCACGUCCCUGCCCCGACGCUCGCGCUACGCUGACAAGGGAGGGGGCAGCACUAGCGCCCUGGGCAACGGGGCUAUCGGAGUAGUUGGAAGUGGAAGUGUAGGAAUAACAGUAGGAACCGGUGGAGAAGGAGGAGAAGGUGAGGGGGUUGGGACUUCUGCUUCCGUUACGAGUAAAGACAGUAGUAGCAUAAAGCAGCCCAAUAACACAGAACUGGUGGAUGGCCAGCCCAAGUCGUACGGGCUCAACCUGGCUACACAAAACGGCACGCUCAAAAACAAUGGGCAGAUCGUGCCCAUAAUCAAUACAGAGAGCUCGGGCUCGGCCAACAUAAAAACUGGCCUAUGGAAACACGAAACUACCGUGUAG